GUUUGAGUAAUCCAGGAACUCAAAACUCUAGAGCAGUUGUCUCAGUAUCCUCAUUCACUUCUUGGAGAACAGAGGCUACACACAUUAACUGCAGGUGAGACCUUGGAUUGUCAGUCGAUUAAGCUGUUUAUUGAAAAGUUUAAUGCUAUUAUAUGAAAUAUAAUAUUGAUUUAUUUAAUACUGGCACUCUAAAUGAGAAAUUUUCGAAAACAUUUUAAAAGAUUUUUUUUAAAAAAGCAAAGUCUAUAUACUUCAUUCAAAGGAUUUUUACAAGCAACUAAUGAUGUCAAAAUGGAAGGUAGUUUAAAAAAUACGUUAUUGUUGGACUGUUUUUUAUACUGAAAUACUGAGAAUACAAUUAUUAAUGAUCUGUUUUGUGCCAUUGUCAUUAUUUCAUAGAAUCUGUUACUCUGAUUCGUCCUGUGAUAGCUUUAUGUUUAUCCUGAAGGGAAUGUUUAAUGUUGAAAUUUGGAUAAAGAAUGGAGGAUAACUAAAUGUAACAGGAUUUAUGAAUCUUCUGCUUCCUUUGCUAACAUCUCUCUGACCAGAAUAAGGAAAGUGAUCAAAUGGUAGAAUGUAAAAUUGUUAAUCAAAGUAGUGAAAGUGGGAUGGAAACUAUAUAUCUCAAUUUACAUUCCAAUCCUACAUACUUGUCAUGUUAAGAGAAUACUGCAUACUUUGUUUAAAUCGAGUUCAUAGAAUUUGAUUAAAAAAACACAAGAACGUUAACUCUGGAGUGGAGAGAAAGCAUGCAUGUCUAUUAAACCUGAGUGCUGUGCUUUCUGGGAAAAAAAGGGUUUUAUUCCAGAUUCACAGUCUAGAUGACCAGGGCCUCUAAUAUUACAAUAUCACGUCUUUAUGGCCACUGGUGGUCAAUUGUAUCUUUGUAUUAAGAUUCACAUAUUAAUUUGUAACUGUUUGCCUUUUUACUGGCUAUCUUGCUCCAAGAAGAGAGUACAAUAAAUCCAGGCAUGGUUAUUCUCUAAAAUUUUAAAGUGAAUUGAAAUUGGAUUGCUUUUUAAUUUAGAUUAGUAUGUAUGUGGGCAGGGUGGAUUCUGAGUCUCAAUGGUUAGACAUUAAUUUAUGUGUUUUUCCCUGGUGUUGUCAUAAUGACUUCUCUCAUACUUUGCUAUUCUACAUAUCCCCUUGCAGAACAGGCCGCUUAUGAAGUCUGCUCUAUCUAUAUAGGUGUGAGUGGCUGUUACAUCCUGAAAUACAAUGUAGCACCUCAUGUUAAACCCUCUCUUAAAGCAGAAACGUUGAUUUAAAAAUGCCCACAUUAUUUGGAAAUCCAUAAAUAAAACUCAACUAUGAAGUGUGUGACAGAAAGUUAACACCCAGAACGGUGCUACUUCAGAAACAUGCUUUGUAGUCAUGUAAAACAAAUACGGAUAUGAUUUACUACUGGAAAAGAUGGGUAGGAUUAUACUAAACAUAGCUUGAGUCAAAUGGGACUGCAUGUGAAGGAUAAUUAUAGUUCAUGCAUAUAACACAGCUAUAAACACUAUCACCUUUGCCCUCAUUUGCGGGAUUUAAUUGGAUGCGAGUAUGCGUUAUUUUCUGUGAAUUUAUUUCAGACAUUGCAAAUUGCUCAGCAAUAAACAACUGCGAUUUUGAAUCACAAAAUCAUUAAACUAGAGCCACCAUUCUCAACAGAGCAGAGAAAACAUUACUAUUUCAUGGUUAAACGUUGUUGGUCAUUUUUAGUAAUAGUUUUGAAUCUAUUUGCCCUGAAAAAAUUUUACAGUCAAUUUAGCCACAUAUCUAAACCGACUCAUAUAAUCUCUUGUCUGCAAUAGUUAUACAAUAAUUUAUACCAAAUUUAAAUUAUUAUUUAAGAAAGGUGUAGUUUAAGAGGCACAUUUUAAUUAAUUAUAGACAACUUCUGUCACCAUUCGCUGGAUCUCUGACAUGACUAUUAUAGAAGUAUUAAGUUUUAAAAGCAUAAAAAUAUAUUUUAAAAUUCUUAAUUUUUGGUAUUCAGACACUUAAACCUGCCUGAGAAAUCUGUAAAGGAUAAAGUCUGCACUUUGUGUAAAUAAGAAAACACACAAUAAAUACAAGCAAGUAGUACGAUAUUAGCAAAAGCAAUACUGAAAAAUCACUCACACCUUACAAAUUUGAGGGUACAACCCUGAUAAUUAACUCAUGUUCCACAGCCAUAUCAUGAGCAAGUAUUAAAAGGAUAAAGCCGGAAUAAUAUACUGCAAAGUAUAUAUAUACCUAUACCUAAUAGUAUAUUUUCUCUCUCUCUCUAUACAGACAUAUGCAAAUACAAUAUAACUCCUCCGAAAGAGCAAGAUUAUAAGUGAUUAAACAAAACAGGGGAAAAAAAAAGAAGAAAAAAACGUAAUGCAAACAGUAGAUGUACAAUGAAAACAAUACAUUUGACUUCAGUCCCUGUCUUCAAGUAGGAUUUUUCCAAUAUAAAUUAGGAGUUUGUGGAACAUGUUGUUUAUCUGUCAGCUUUUGCUGAAAGCUGUACAGCUUGCAACAGACAGAUGCGGGAAAGUUCAUUUAUAUAUAUAUAUAUAAAAAAAAAAGUGAUGUGUAACUAGUGCAAAGUAUUAUUGUAUCUUAUGCAAGCCUAAUGCUGGAAAAAGAUGGAACACAUAUAUACAGCUAUACAGAUAGAGAUAUACACAAAAUUCAACUUCUUAGAUCUGUUUAUUUGAAUUAAUAAAUUAAUGAAGGAAUUACAUUACAAAGUGCAUUGUGGGAAGAUCGUGCCACUAAAGGGUUCUUCAGAGUGGUUUAUAAAUCUCUCCUGAACCCUGAUAAUGUAUUAUUUUUGCUCAAUACAGGCUUCACCACUAUGUGUCUGUGUUAGGACUGAAUUUAGAGUUAAAGGACCACUAUAGGCACCCAGACCAUUUCAGCUUAAUGAAGUGGCCUGGGUGCCAGGUCCAGCUAGGUUUAACCCUUUUUUUUUAUAAACAUAGCCGUUUCAGAGGAACGGCUAUGUUUAUAUUAGGGUUAAUCCAGUCUCUAGUGGCUGUCUCAUUGACAGCCGCUAGAGGCACUUCCGCGCUUCUCACUGUGAUUUUCAGCAUUGUGAAUGCUUUCCUAUGGACUGGCUGAAUGCGUGCGCCGCUCUUGCAGCGCAUGCGCAUUCAGCCGGUGAUGGAAGAAGAGGGAGGAGAGGAGGAGGAGAGCUCCCUGCCCGGCGCUGGAGAAAGAGGUAAGUUUAACCCCUUCCUCUCCAUCCAGACCGGCGGGAGGGGGUCCCUGAGGGUGGGGGCACCCUCAGGGCACUAUAGUGCCAUGAAAACGAGUAUGUUUUCCUGGCACUAUAGUGGUCCUUUAAGGUCAGAUUUGAAGUUAGAGCUAGAGUUAGAGUGUUAGGGUAGCGUGGGAGUUAAGGAAUAUAAGUAGAGCAAUGUUAAGGUAGUGUAGGGGUUAAGCCAUACAUCGUCAGCCUCAGAAUCAGGAUGCCGAUGGGAGGGAAGUAAAUGGGGGCAGGUCAGAGAUGCCCAAAUAGAGGCGGACCUGCACUGAAAGGGGCGGACAAGCCUGGAAUGGGGGUGUAUCUGGCCACAUUAAUGACAAGUCAACCUGCUGUUAAUACACAAUAGGCUGCAUGCCAAUCAUUUUAGCUGGCCCACUCAGGGUGUACCCUACAGGGACCAUUGUUUCAGUAUUCCCUGCUGGGUCCUUGAUGUCAGGAUUACUAGUAGAUCCAGCACGCAGAAUUAUAUCACAACUUGGACUAAAGGUAAUGUCUUUCCGGGCCUUAGAAUGGCCGGACUUAACGUACUGGAGAAUAGUCAGAAUACUUGCUGAGGUCAGGCACACAGAAGGAAACACAACGAUGAGGUAAAGCCAAAAGUCAAGGAUACCAAAAUUCAGGCAAGUCAAAACAAAGCCAAAGUAAAAAAACAGAAAAAGAAAAUGCUCAGGAACACCCUCUUGGAUCACCAACUAAGGAAAACCACGACAGGGCACUGACAGAAAAGGUCGUUUGGAUUUAAAUACCCCUCCUUUGGCUGUAAUUGGCUGCCUCAGCCCUCUGACCCCAAAAUGUGCAUGCGCGUCUAUGAUGUGACGUCGCACGCAUGUCCGUGCCAUCUAUGGUGUGGGUGAAGGUAAGAUUAUAAAAAUUUGAUCUGCAGUGGUCGGUGCUCCUAAGAUCGUCGCACCCCCUGGGGACCGGACCGGAGGGAGGUCGGGCAGUAAUCUGCCGUGAAUAAGGAGAGUAAAAUUUGUCUCUGUCGGCGUGGUUGCUUACUUUAUGUGCAACCACGCUGGCAGAAUCCCGAGAAGCCGUGACACUUGUGUCCUGAUUAUAACCUGAGUGUGUUUUAUGAUGUGUUUGCGCUGUGAUAGCUGGGGACAGUUUCCAGGUGUCUCCAAAAGCAGAAAAAGGAGGGACGAGACCCAAAAAUUGGAACUGUCCUGCCAAAAUCUGGAUUAUUGGGAGGUAUGGGUUAGGGGUAGUAUAAGUGUUACAGUAGUGUCACAAUGCUGAUUGAGAUUAGUGGGAAUUAUAGUCCCAGGCAAAAUAGUGGGUAUUUUUUAUAUAAUUGUUGUAUAUAUAUAAUUUGCUAUAUACUAGUUAGUUGUAUGUAGAAAGAUACAUUCUAACAUAGACAGGUGUGAAGGAAGUAAAGUGAGGAUUUGUGCUGCUUAGCUUAUUUAUCUUAAAUCUUUAAGUAGUAUUGAACAAAUAUCUAUCUGUGGCUUAAAAGGCAACACAGACACUUGUAGAAAAUGUCACUGUGACUAAUCAUUGACAGGUGACAACGCAGAGAAUGCGGCACUAUGUAACCUGCUUAGUGACUCUCUCAUGCUGUUAUCUAUCUACACCAUUAUUAGACUUAUUUUCUAAAAUGAGAAUUCAAAGUGAAUUAAAAGUGAAUUUCAAAUUUAAGGACAAAAUAACUUAAUUGGAGAAAUGAUCUAUAUCAGAUGUACUUCCAGUUUGACAAGUUACCUUAAAUAUGAAAUUCACGUUGAGUUCUCACUUUAGUAAAUAAACCUGUUUGUAUUGGAGCUGUUGUGUCUGUUUUCUCUCACAUUAAAUGAUAUGUAAGGCAUAUAAUAUAAUUUUCUAAAAUAAAAUGUACACGGUACUCUUGGUAAAAAAGUUAUGGUUGACCUACAUCUUAGAAUAAACAACCAACUGUAGUUAACACUGCAUGUAUGUGCCUUUAUUCAGUUACUAUAACAAGAUGAAUUGGCAACAGUUUCGACUCUCAUGGGCAUUCACCAGGCUUGGAACUGUUUCUGGGUCGUUUGUUUUGGUUACAAAUUUUACAGCAAAAAGGGAAGAGUGGAAAACAAGCUGGCUAUGAGAUUUUCAAAGUCGGCUCUCUUUACUUGUAUCCGGGAACUUGGUUUUUAACUUAACACAUUUUCUGUUUACUGAAUAAAUAGGUUUGAAAGAUAAUGGCAAUAGAAUUACAGUGUGAUGUGAGGCAAACUGGAAUGAUUUUAACAUAAUAAUAAUUAUGAUAAUGUUAUAUAAAAGUGCUAGAAAGUCGGUGAAGAAAAUAAAAAAAUGUGAAAAAGGUUUUCACCCACCUCUAUACAAAUAACUGUCUAAAAAGACUCACAAAUAUAUAACAUCUUUCAGGCAGCUUCACACCUUUGUGUUGGACCCUCACACCAAACACAUAAAAUGAAACAUACAAAAAAAAUAUCGAUACAGGGCUCUACGUGUACUGAUAUAUAUUUUUUUGGAAGGAUUUUAAGGUUGGAAGUGGAUUGUGAUGAUAUACAGGGAGACAGAGAUAAAGUGUAUAAGCAGAAUUCAUUAACAGAUAACAAGUGGCUAAAGCUCCAAGUUUCCAUUUAGAUUGAUAUAAAAUGUAUAUUGAUUAUGAAAAUGGUGAAAGGUCUAUUCACUAAACACCAAAUUUUAUUUUCCAAAUUCAGUUGAUUUAAUUCAGCUCAAUUCUCCUGCAUUCGGUUGUUACAAUUCCACUGUGGUUCACUGUAUUCACUAACAACCGAACGCUAACUGAAUUGAGUCAAAUGGAUUCCUGUGUUAAAGGGGUUUGGGAUAGUAGUAGAGUUACACUAUUAAGGACAGUUAAAGGACCACUAAGGGGUCCCCACCACCCUCAGGAUCCCACUUCCACUGGGUUGAAGGGGGCUGAAGGGGUUAAACACUUACCUUUCUCCAGCCGUAUUCUAAUGGAUAAGGGGAGUCAGCUGAUUCUAACAAUCGUACAGAUUUACCUUUUGUAAAUAGCUAAUUGUGCAAAAAUAGGCGAAUUGUAACAACUAAACAGCAUUUAGCUCCUUUUUGGAUGCUAUUUGCCAUUUAGUGAAUAGACCCCAUAUUGUAUCAAUAACACAUACUGUAUAAAGGUGACAUAAUAAAUCUAAUGUAAGUUCAACUCACACUUUUUUGAACCCAUAAAGAAACCAAUUCACAUUUUCAAACGUGUAGUUAAAGGGAACAGCUUAAUGUAGUUGUAAUAUAGUAUAAUAGCUACCUUUAGGCAUUUUCAUGCAUACACUGCCUUUAUAGAGAAAAGGCAAUGUUUACAUUGGCCCUAGACACACCUCCAAGUGGCCACUGCUUAGAUGGCCACUGGAGUGGCUUCCUGGCUCAGGGCUGCAAAGUAGACAGCCCUGCCGUUCAGCGUCCCCCUCUCUGCAUGGAGACGCUGAAUUUUCCUCAUAGAGACUGUAAGCUCGUUUGAGCAGGGUACUCUUCAACCUAUUGUUCCUGUAAGUUUUCUUGUAAUUGUCCUAUUUAUAGUUAAAUCCCCCCUCUCAUAAUAUUGUAAAGCGCUAUGGAAUCUGUUGGCGCUAUAUAAAUGGCGAUAAUAAUUAUAAUAAUAAUAGAGAUGCAUUGAUUUAAUGCGUCUCUAUGAGGAGGUCCUGAUUGGGCAAAAUGGCAUUUGGCCCCGCCCCGUGCCGAUUUUAGCCAAUCCAAUGGUUUCCCUUUAAACACGGCCAUUUUGAUGAUGUCACACAGAAGGCGGGGCCAGUGCCGGCACUGGAAAUAAGGUGAGUUUUAAACCUUUAUAGGGGGAGCUAAGGGGUGACAAGCCACCUAAAUGGUGUAUUAAACACUAUGGGGUCAGGAAUACAUGGUUGUGUUCCUGACCCUAUAGCAGUGAUGGCGAACCUAUGGCACGCGUGCCACAGGUGGCACGCCGGGCCCUUUCUGUGGGCACGCGGCCACAGGUUUGCCAUCAAUGCAGAGUAGGCGCCUGCCUGCCCGAAACGGCAGGCGCCCACUCUGCUUCCGGGUCGGGAGGCAGGAGGAGGGCUCCAGGAAGCAGCUCCCCUGUCCUCCCGCGCGAUGCUGUGUGGAGCGUUGCCGCGCGUUAUCAUGGCAACGCUCCACACAGCAUUGCACGGGAGGACAGGGGAGCUGCUUCCUGGAGCCCUCCCCCUGCAGUGCUUACCACCACCGGACCACCAGGGAUCAUUAAAGGUAAGAAGGAGAGGGGGGGGGUACUCACAGCAGUACCCCUAACCCCCCAGCAGUAACCCCUACCCUCCCCAGCAGUAACCCCUACCCUCCCCAGCAGUAACCCCUAACCCCCCAUCCACAGUACCCCUACCCUCCCCAGCAGUAACCCCUAACCCCCCAUCCACAGUACCCCUACCCUCCCCAGCAGUAACCCCUAACCCCCAGCAGUAACCCCUAACCCCCAUCCACAGUUCCCCUACCCUCCCCAGCAGUAACCCCUACCUCCCAGCAGUAACCCCUACCCCCCCAUACACAGUACCCCUACCCCCAGCAGACCCUAACCCCCAGCAGUACCCCCCCCCCAGCAGUAACCCCUACCCUCCCAGCAGUAACCCCUACCCCCCACACAGUACCCCUACCCCCACAGCAGUACCCCCACACACAGUACCCAGUACCCCAACCCCCCCACACACAGUACCCCUACCCCCACACACAGUACCCUACCCCCACACACAGUACCCCUACACACAGUAGCCCUACCCCCCACACACACAGUACCCCUACCCUCCCAGCAGUACCCCUACCCCCCUGCAGCACCCUUACACAUAUAGCACACACACACACACACGGCACCCCUCACAUACAACACUCACACACACACGCACCCCCCACCUCAAUGCAGUAUGUGUGUAUUCAGCAGUGUGUGUGUGUGUGCGAGUGUAUUCAGCAGACUGUGUGUAUGUAUUCAGCAGUCUGUGUGUGUAUGUAUUGCAUUUGUUGGAGAUACUAAUAAAUAUAAGCUUAGUUUUAUCUAUUUAUAUCAUUAUUUAAAAUUUGUAUCAUUGAACUCUCUGUGUUCUUUUAAAACAAAAGUUAUUAGUUCGGACAACAGUACGAGUUGUUUUUUUCUAAACUUAAACCUCAGUAUUUGGGUUUAAUUGCCGUGUUGGCACUUUAAGGAGAAAAAAUGUUGGCAUGUAUUGCGGUUUGGGCACUCGGGCUCAAAAAGGUUCGCCAUCACUGCCCUAUAGUGAUCCUUUAACUUACAGCAGAUGGAACUCAUCCUUCUUGUUAGUUAUGUCUCCAUCUUUAAGAUAACAGCAAGUAAUAUAUGAGAAAGAUGAAAGAAACAUAUAUAAGGUACCAUGCUAAGGUAGGCAGGAUAUAGGUAUAUAGCAAUAGAAUUUCCACUCAUGUUUUUAGAACUAGCUUUUUGCUUUCUUUUUGGUUAGUUAGAAUAGUUUUUCCAGUAUUUUUCAUGGAUGAUAUUCGGACAAACAAAACCAUCAAGUGAAUGAGUGUUGUAAGGCACUCCUUGAACUUUUUGUAGCAUUACUGAAUGUAUCCCAUAAACAAUGCUUUAUGGGUAUAGCAAGGUUUCAUGGAGGUGCAGAUCCCCCAAUGCUCAGACCGUUUUUGGGCUUGUGUAACAUGGUAACUAUUUUGUACCUUGGUGACCCACAUUUGGGGACACCAGGGGACUGUCCCAGCAAGCACAACAUGGGCACAUAAUUAGAAGAGCUUUUGCUGUGAUGAGGGCACGAGGACCAUGCAAAAAAUGCUAUAGCAGCGCUGUUUGCACAAUCUACCUUGAGGCUGACAUGUCACUUCUGUGGGUGGUCUUGUCCCCUGUGGGACUGCCCAUUUUGGGCAUCACCAAUGACAUAUUACGUCACCCCUUGGUCUGCUUUUAUACCACCCAAAGUUGGGGGUAUGUACUAGAUAAGGCAUAGGCAACCUUCCACACUCCAUAUGUUUUGGACUACACCUCCCAUGAUCCUUCGCCUACCCCUGUAGUAGAUGAACAAUAUAUGCUGUAGUUGCUGCAAAGGUGAGCAGAUGAAUGACAUGUGAAAAACGGUUCUCCUGCUCUUGCCUCUCCGCCUCUCGGUCAGUUCAUGGAAAAGCAGGGAGUCUUUACUGAACUAAGCAGGACCUAUACAGGACCACACUAAUAAAGCACUCAGGUGAGGAGAAUUCAGAAGCAAAGCUAUAGCAAGGAACACCCAGCAGAGCCCAGGCAUAUUCUAACACUGGGAGGGUGCCAGGACUGUCCUGGCACCAUAGCCACUAAACCACACUGUAGUGGCUAUGGUACAUCAAGUGUUUUAUAAUCUAAGUGGAUGAGUGAAUUUUAAGAUAUUAAAUUUAUGCGAAGUGACAGUCACCCUUAUAUGUUUUACAUAAAUAGAUUACCUGUUUCUUUAAAUAUAAACACACGUAGACCAAUUCUUAUGCCUAGAGGUUGUAGGGUGUUCUUUAUUGUCACCAAAAUGAUUUGGCUGAUACCUAUUCUUGGAAGCCUUGCAUUACUCUUAAAUCCCUAAGUCCGUGGCUCCGUGCAUUUGGAUGAUGCUAGUGAGCAUUCUGUAUUCUAUUCGGCAUUCUUCCCCCACCAUGAUGAUGGAGCGCCUGUUGUAAUAGUUUAGGGGAAGGGAGACAGGGAGAAAAAAAAUCCCAACAAAGACAUUGUAUCUGAAAUAAAAAGUCACAAACUCCGAAAUAAGUAAAGUGUUGAAUGCCAUCUGCAGGGAACCUAAAACAGUAAAAGAGUGUUUGCGCCUUUGUGUCCUUAUAUGGUAAAAUGAUAUGUAGGGGGUUCAAUGAGCUGCGAAGGCAGACUGUUUGCACACAAUGUGGGAUGCAGAGCUGAGAUCAGACACCGUGCACACUGCUGCUUGCUCCCUGGUGACUGUGCUCCAGCUGUGCCGUCUGUUACUGCAUGUGUUACUACUCCCUGCUCUGCCUGAUCCGCACACUCACUGGCUGAUCUACAACUACCCCCUCCAGGUAUACUAUGCUCUGAUACCUUUCCAUCUGUGCUGUGGGCUAUAUAUAUUGUGGGUUCAUCCUUUGGUGUAAAAGAGCUACACAAAGAGAAGAGGGUGUGAGAUGGUCUGUUACAGCAUGAGAGGCAAGCAGCCAGCCAGCAUCCAUGCGUUGAUGGCUAACUAACCUGGGCACUCAAAGGACUAGUGAACUACAUUCCCCAAGAUGCUCAGCUUGCUUGCAAACUGGCUGAGCAUCAUGGUAAAUGUAGUUCAUCGGCCAGCUUAGCCAUAACUGAUUUAGUGCUUCUGACAUGUGCAGUGUAUGAGGUGGGUUUUCUUUGUCCUUUAGAUGGAAUUGGUAGCUAUUGUUUUAUUCUGCACACAUGCAAUAUUUUAUUAUCACAUGGUUUGCGAGGAAUUUGUGUUAAUUGCUGAGGGAAUGUGUGUAACAGGAAGGCGGUCACUCUGCAAUUAGUUACCUUAAUGUUAACCUGUUCAGUGCUAGAUGGAUCAAUGGAUCAGAAUAAAAAACAAAAAUGACUAAAUAACCUGCAAAAUUAAUCGGAAAAUUUUUUUGUUUUGUUUUUUCUUUUUUUAAUCUUAGAUUAUUUGUAGUGGAGCUUCACAGCUCAUAUUGUAUUAUGUAAAAAGUAUUAUUCAUUAUUGUGAUGUGAUCUAUCCUAUCUCUCUGUCAAUCAUCAUCUACACACAUAACUACACACAUACUCACAUUUAUAUGUUAUUAUCUAAAUAUUAAUAAUACCUAACGCACUGUGAUAUGUCUCUCUAUCCUCCCAUCCAAACACUCCAAUCAUCCAUCCUCACACACAGGCUAUUAUAUAUAUUACAUGAUACAUCCUGCCAUAUGCCCAUCUUGCCAUAUGUUACAUGGACACCAUGCAUAGUUCAAUAAUGUAAUAUAAACAAUACAAAAGAUGGAAAUGAUAUCACAUAAUUGAUGUAAAAAGUACCAUUUUGGGGCUCUGGAAAAAUCAUAAAUAACUAUUGGAUUUGUUCACAAAACACCAGACUACAGCAACUUGCAAAUUUAGGUACAGUAGCCACAUUAUGAAUUUAAAAUAAGUUUUGCAUACAUUUUGCAAUUUAUUCUCACUUUACUACAAUUCAGUGUUUGGAGAAUAAACAUAGUAUUUAUGUUUUCUUUUCUUUCCGAACCCAUAUUAUAAUAUUAUUAACAACUAAUAUGUGUUUCAACCUUUUUUUAUCAUUUGUAUUACAUUGUUGGAACUUGUUAUCCAUGUUGUCUAUAAAACAUUGGGCUGGGUGUGUAGGAUAGGAUGUAUAGUAACAGACAUUUAAAUAUUAUUAUUAUUAUUAUUAUUAUUAGUACUACUAUUAUUAUUAUUAUACAUACAUACAUACACACACAAUACACACACACACAUUACAUUUGAGUUAUGAAUAGCUUUAUUAUUCUAUUAUCGAGAUACAAAAAAAGUAUUGCACAAUAUAGUAACUUUCCAUUGAUUCUAUUAACAGCGACAAGGCAGAUGCUCCAAAGAAUCUAAUUAAGCAAGACUUGGGAUCAUUUUAUGACUAUAUACAUAUAUAUACAGUGUCCUCCACUAGUAUUGGCACCCUUGGUAAAAUUGAGCAAAGAAGGCUGUGAAAAUUUGUCUUUCUUUUUUAACCUUUUGAUCUUUUGUUAAAAAAAAAACACACAAAAACGCUCUGCUUUCAUGAAUAUCAAACACAAACACAGGUUUAUCCCCCCAAAAUAAAUUGUUAAAUAUAUGUGGGUACAAAUAUUGGCAGUCCUAUGAAUUCAUAUGAAAACAAUAUAUUUGAAGUAUUAAUAUUUUAGUUUUUUUUAGUACACCUAGGUGACUAGGUACAGGAAAUUGUUCAACCAUGACUUCCUUGUUCAUAGGGGUAAAUUAUGAGGUAAUACAUAGGCCUUAGUCAUUCCUCACGAUGGGUAAGACCAAGUAAUUUAGUUGUGAUAUGCAGCAAAAGGUUGUUAAUCGUCACAAAAUGGGAAGGGUCUAUAAGAAAAUAUCAAAAGCAUGGAAAAUGUCCAUUUCCACCAUCAAGGCAAUAAUUGAGAAGUUCCAGUCAACUGGAAAUGUUAUAAAUCCACUGGGGUCAGAAAGUCUCCAAAACUACAAUCUGACAUCACCUACAUCUCCACAUGUUGUUUGGAAGCGUCUCAAGGAAAAAAACGUUUACUCUCAUUCAAAACAAACUUAACCAUCUGAAGUUUUCCAGACACUAAGUGGGAUUGGCCAAAAUAGAGAUAUUUGACAAUAAACACCAGAGGUGGGUUUGGUGCACACAGAGAGGUAGCCAUAUGGAAAAAGUACCUCAUGCCAACAGUUACAUUUGGUUUGAGGGCUGUUUUUUUGUCAGAGGACCUGGACAUUGUGUUAGGGUGCAUGGCAUCGUGCACUCUACCAAAUAUCAACACAUAUUAAAGGAAUACUUGAUUGCCACUGCCAGAAAACGUGAGAUGGGCCAGGGUUGGCUCUUCAAGCAGCACAGACAUCCAAAACCAGCACAACAAAUAACCAAAAUCAACACAAAAAUAGUUUACUGACCACAAAAUCAAGGUUCUCCCAUGGCCAUUCCGGUCCCUGACUUGAUCCCCAUAGAAAACCUGUGGAUGAACUGAAGAGGAGUGUCAACCUGCAUUGACUUUGAAAUUUAAGGGAUCUGGAGAACUUCUGUAUGAAGGAGUGGUCUCAGAUCCUUGCCAUGUAUUCUCCAACCUCAUCAGACAUUAUAGAAGAAGACUCAGAGCUUUUAUCUUGGCAAAUGGAGGUAGCACAAAGUAUUGACUAAAAGGGUACCUAUAUAAAAUUUAACAAUUUGAUUUUGAAUAAACAUUUGUUGUGUUUGUUGUGCAAUUGUUUGGUAUAUAAGAAAGCAAAGUAAUUUUGUGUAUUUCUUUGAAGAAAAGAUCAAAAAGUUUAACAAUAUAGACAUUUUCACUACCUUCUUUCUCACAUUUAGCAAGAUUGCCCAUAUUAGUGGAAGGUGCUAAUUCUAAAUACCUAAAGUGGGGGCACCUUCUUGGUACAUAAAUGGUAGCCUUUAUAAUACUAUAUGAUUCUGUAUGUGGCACUGUAGUGAAUUUUAUUAUUUACUUAAAUAUAUUCACCUGAACAACUUUAGCUUAAUGAAGCAGUUUUGGUGUAUAGAACAUGCCCCUGCAGCCUCAAUGCUCAAUUCUCUGCCAUUUAGGAGCUAAAUCCCUUUGUUUAUGAACCCUAGUCACACCUCCCUGCAUGUGACUUAAACAGCCUUCCAUAAACACUUCCUGUAAAGAGAGCCCUAUUUAGGAUUUCUUCAUUACAAGUUCUGUUUAAUUAAGAUUUUCUUAUCCCCUGCUAUGUUAAUAGCUAGCUAGACCUUGCAAGAGCCUCCUGUAUGUGAUUAAAGAUCAAUUUAGAGAUUGAGAUACAAUUAUUUAAGGUAAAUUACAUCUGUUUGAAAGUGAAACCAGUUUUUGUUUUUCAUGCAGGCUCUGUCAGUCAUAGCCAGGGGAGGUGUGGCUAGGGCUGCAUAAACAGAAACAAAGUGAUUUAACUCCUAAAUGACAGUGAAUUGAGCAGUGAAAUUGCAGGGGAAUGAUCUAUACACUAAAACUGCUUUAUUUAGCUAAAGUAAUUUAGGUGACUAUAGUGUUCCUUUAAAGCCCGCUGUAGUGUUUAUGAUGACAGGUGUACACUGGCUUAGUUCCCAGGUACUGGGGCAAACUGUUUAGCAAUACUUUGCCCUCUUACCUGUGUUCUUGCUUGGCUCCGAGGAUCCUGUAAUGUGCCUCUGGCCUCUGCAGAGCUGCAAAAACCAGAAGCGACUCCAGUUACCAUUUAUUGACUGAGAGCAUUAGCUGUUCACUCUCAGCCAACUCAGCACACUGUGCAAGAAAUGAGCACAGAAUUGGUAUUAUCUAGUCUGGAACUCUUGUACAGGGCUGGCUAAUGAUGUUCCUAUGAUGCUUCUGGAGGUGGAGUUACAACUAAGGCAGCUAAGGGGUUAAACUGUAUUACAGCAAAAUGCUGCGUGAGUGACUCCAGGCACCAUGACAACUUCAAAUCACUGAAUUGGUCAUUAUGCUUGGAGUAACUCUUUAACUAAGUGGGGAGUCUUUUAUUCAUUUUUAUCCAUAACUCCAUUAAUAUUUAGCUUGAUGCAUUUAUAGAAUACCAAUACAUGAGUUAGGCAUUUUAUUUGCUUUUUGUUACCACAUGUAUUUUAGUAUAUUUUCGAAUUCUUCAAACUAUAUAUUAAAAUCUGUAAACCACUUAGGGGCCAUUAUUUCUCUCAUCUCCCUCCACUCCAAGCAUACAGCUAAAUGGAGGGGGAUGGACUAAUUAUUAUAACCACAAAUAACCCCUGCUGUCAUGUAGGCUAACGUCCACUAUCCUCAAUCACUUCAGAAACUAAUAAAAGGCUCCAUCUGUCUGUUCUACAUUUAAAAGGAAAACUCUAAUAUAAAAAAAAUAAUAAUAUAGAAAUGAAUAUAUAUUUUUUUAAUUGCACAGUGUUCCUUUUCUUACUUUAGGUUUAGGUCGCCCUCUUAAUUUAAAAAAAAAAAGAAUGUUUUCAAAAAAGCAAUGGAAUUGGUACCGGGACAAUCUAAUUUCAGCAUUCUAGUAUGAAGUCAGUCGUAAUGGUCUCUGUCCAAUCAAAUGCUUCUGAUAGUGAAGCACUGAGGACACAUGGUGGAUGCAUGGCUAUUGCCACAUUCUAUCUAUUCAGUGCUUGUAAUAGAAAAUCACAGAAUCCAACACAUUUCUUUGGGAAGAAUUAGCGGUGUUUAGCAUCGUCAUGCUGCACAUGAUGACACCAGAUGUGAAGAACUUUGAAUCAUGUAUCAUAUACCAUCCACUGUAACGUGCACACUGUACCAUUUAUCGUCCACUGUUCUGUGUACAAAGGUAUACCUUAUAUUAUUCAUUUUUGACAGUUUGCUUGUAAUUUCUUAUGUUGUACACUGCUGUGGUCCUUUAUAAAUAGAACCAGUAAUUAGAGCAGAUGAAAAAAAUGGUAAAACUACUUUUGCAAUAGCUGUCAUGUCAUAUAAGACAUGAGCUAACGCAAUGCAGACAUUAACAUCCUGUGUUUUUCUAUGCAAAGAAAUUACAAAGCAUGCAUUGUGCAGCCAUACCUUAGUCUGUGGAAUGCAGGGUGGUCAUGUGACCACACACCGUAAAGAUGGUAAGCCUACCAUAGUUACCCUCUAUGCACCAUCCGAGAAAAAGUUAAUGUAAUGUUUUUGUAACGUGUCUUUUAUUAAUUAAAAGCCACAAUAGGACCUACUAAAAUUUGUAACCAUUAGUCACACGGCACAUGUACAUUUACUACCAUUCCAUUCUCCUGAAAUUACUGUGCAGAACUCUGAAAAAUAUAAAGACUCAUGGAAACGCUACAUAGAACUCUGAACUAUAAUAAACGGUCAUGGAAAUGCUGAGUAAAACUGAUGACUGAGUACAAAGAAGAAAAUACUGCAUAUAACUCUAAAAUAUAAUGAAGAUUGAUGAAAAUACUACAUAGAACUCUGAAAUAUUAUAAAAUUUCCUGGAAAUGCUGCAUUAAAGUCUGAAAUAUAGUAAAACUUCUUGGAAAUGCUGCAUAGAACUCUGAAAUAUAGUAAAACAUGCUGGAAAUGCUGCAUAGAACUCUGAAAUAUAAUACAACUUCCUGGAAAUGCUGCAUAGAACUCUGAAAUAUAGUAAAACUUCCUGGAAACGCUGCACAGAACUCUGAAAUAUAGUAAAACGUCCUGAAAAUAGCAUAAAACUCUGAACUGUAGCAAAACUUCCUGGAAAUGCUGCAUAGAACUCUGAAAUAUAGUAAAACUUCCCUGAAAUGCUGCAUAGAACUUUGAAAUAUAGUAAAACUUCUUGGAAAGGCUGCACAGAACUCUGAAAUAUAGUAAAACUUCUUGGAAAUGCUACAUAGAACUCUGAAAUAUAGUAAAACAUCUUGGAAAUGCUGCAUAGAACUCUGAACUAUAGUAAAACUUCUUGGAAAGGCUGCAUAGAACUCUGAAAUAUAGUAAAACCUUCUAGAAAUGCUGCAUAGAACUCUGAAAUAUAGUAAAACAUGCUGGAAAUGCAGCAUAGAACUCUGAAAUAUGGUAAAACGUCUUGGAAAUGCUGCAUAGAACUCUGAACUAUAGUAAAACUUCUUGGAAAGGCUGCAGAGAACUCUGAAAUAUAGUAAAACCUUCUAGAAAUGCUGCAUAGAACUCUGAAAUAUAGUAAACAUGCUGGAAAUGCAGCAUAGAACUCUGAAAUAUAGUAAAACAUCCUGGAAAUGCUGCAUAGAACUUUGAACUACAGUAAAACCUCCUGACAAUGCUGCAUAGAACUCUGAAAUAUAGUAAAACAUCCCGGAAAUGCUCCAUAGAACUCUGAAAUACAGUAAAACUUCCUGUAAAUGCUACACAAAACUCUGAAAUACAGCAAAACUUAUUGGAAAUACUGCAUAGAACUCUGAAAUAUAGUAAAACUGCCUGGUAAUGCUGCAUAGAAUUAUGAAAUAUAGUAAAACUUCCUGGAAAUGCUGCAUAGAACUCUGAAAUAUAGUAAAACCUAUAGAAUAUAUGCAGAACUCUGAACUAAAGCAAAUACUCAAGGAAAACUAAAUUAUUAUGUUACAAUGAUUAUAAUUGAAAAUACAAAGUCUCUAGAUUGCUUCUUCUGCUGAAAACAACUGUGAGGUUCUAUGUAGGUAUAGCAAUAUAAAAUAUUGAUGGAUGGAAUAUUCAGAAAUGUGGUUGUUAGUGGAAGUGUUUCUGAGACUCUGCAGCACUAACUUUACAGCUAAAACCUUUAAACAUUGUAAACCUUUCAUGGCUCUAUGUUAGGAAACCUGUUCAAUACACAGCCAUAGUAACCUUCCAGGCAUCAAGGAAGCAUUAAUGCAUAUCAGAUCAAAUGAUGGGAAAUGUACAUUUUUUCUUCAAGAAAAAUAACUAGCAAAACCGUAAAUGAAUAUAAAUUAUACACAUAUAUAUUUGUAUUCACGUAUAAAGGUGCUAAAAUGUACUUUGACUUUGUCAUUUUCAACUUCUGAACUAUCCUGAAUAUUUGUCAACUAAAAGUCAACCAUAUGUGUGCAUUGAAGUGUCUUAUAACCUCCUCUAGGAACAUUGCAACAUUGCUAUGUUUAAAGUGGUUUCUGGUUUGUUACUUUAUUUAUACUGACAGAUAGUGAUAGAUUGUGGAGAAAGUAAAACGGUCUGGUGACAUAGCAAUAUAGGUUAAACUCAGUGUAUUAACUCUUCGCUCGUCCCUGCUGCUACAGUUAAUCCAUAAAAAAAGGAAAAAAAACUACAAAAUAAAACGAAUCCAACUUUAAAAGAUUUUGCAGUUCUGCCACGCAAAAAGGGAAAUGAGUAUUCUUGUAGUCCGAUAUCUCAUUGGAUCAACAUGAAUAUGUUGAACACUGAACAGUAGUCUUCAGUUUCUUCAGGAAUAAGGGAUAGUCCUCAGAUGUUAUGAUGAAUGUGUGCAUGGAGUUUCAGAGCCAUUCUCUUGUGCAAAUUUAUAGACAGCAGUCAUAUUUCACAAAAAAAACUUGCCUUUAGUAUGUUUGGCAAUUCCAAGCUUAUUAAACAAACCCCGUGGUCAUCUAUAAAUGUCUUUUAACUAGAUAUUAAAUUGCAUCAGCCGAUCACUCAUUAUAUAUUAGAGAUUUUCAGUAUAUUCACAGGUUAACACAAGGCAUAUUAUUUACUUUACUUUAUCCAAAAGGCUGAAGGAAGAUCCAUAGAUUUCAGAAGUCAGCGGAUAAAGGAGAGGACAUCUUUAUUUUAACUUUUAGAGGGAAAUUAAAGCAAAUCCUAAUUUUAUUCACUGACAAACUAUUUUCAUUUAGGAAGCAAAGAGAUUCUAAUUGUAUAAUUUUUGAAUGCCUCUAAAUUAUUGAAUGCCCUUCAUAACAAUAAUUUCCUAUUUGGCUUGGAAUGGAGAUCAUCUGUUUUUCUGUGAUAGCUUGUCUGGUUCAUUGGCUGAACUUCCGAUGAUGGGUAAUUUAUACAUUUUGCAUUUGUACAUUUAUUGAAUUAUAUUUAAAUCUGUUUUGUUUUUUCACAAUGCUAGUGAGAACGAAAUGCCUACACAAUAGCUGCAUUGUGUUUCCACACUGAGAUAAACGCAAACAGCAUUGCCACUCUGACAGAAGCUACCACCUUAAAGAUUUUCUUGGCACAAAAGGCGCUUCCAACACAGUCAGUCUUUUAGAUCUCCUGCUCAUGUUGUUGUAGGUUCCUUUACCAGAAGCCUCCUAUUUUAUCAGAGUUUAUAGAGAAACAUGGGUUAUGAUGUGAAUGAAAGAUUGCCAAGCCAUGGACAGUAGUUUGCCUUUUUGGGACAUUUGUUUGGAAGGUCUAGUAUCUUUUAGUUAUGCUCUCCUGAAAGAACUUAAACAGGAUUCCAAAUGAGUAUGUAUAAUUAAACUUUAUUGGUUAUAAUGAAACAGAGCAAGAACAAUAUAACUGUCACUUAGAACCCAAGGUUUAGUUAAUCAGAGUGACACACAGAGAUUAAGGGAUAGAUUAUACUUCACUGUAACUUUGACAAUAUGCUACAGUUCAUAGUACUGUCCAGACUGACAAAUGUAUUCAUUAAUACUUACGAUGCAUGAUGUUGCAUUGCCUAACAAUACAUAUAAAUCACAAGGCAAGUAAAAUACCUAUCUUACAUAUAGGUGCUCUCUGUCUCCAACUGCAUUUCUAUUUAUUGUUGAAAUGUUUUUUUGCAGCAUAGCCUUUUAUUCCACAUUAUAAAUAAUUUUCGGUGUCGUUCAUGCAUUUAUGUUUUUGUAGUGCAAAGUUUUUUUGUGAUUUCCAGAGUAAUGUCAUAUCCUGGCUCAAAGCACAUCUCGAGAUCUGAGCAAGUGUUUGCAUUCCCUAUAGAUAAAAACCACCACACCAAUAUAAGUACCCCUGAAAUAUAUCUAUGCUGCUUCAUGCUCCAUUGUGGUACCCUCACCAUCCAGAAACAGAUUGUAUAUGUAGUAGCUUUAGUUUUACUUUGUUGGACUUUCUCUUUUCAUUGUUUUGCGGUAUGAAGUCUAUUGGCUAUAAGAUCAUCUCAGGAGUUUUAUUACAGCAUUUGAGUAUGUUAUUAGAGUGGACAGUUUGCAAAUUUUAAUCCAAAUUGUUUUUUAUUUUUUUUUAAAUUUGCAUCUCAUUUGUUGAUGAGUUUUGCUUAGAUCAAGUAAAAAUGCUUUCAAAGGUAGUGAGGUGCAUCUAACUUUCUAUAAUUUUGCAUCAAACCUUCAUUAAUAGACAUUUUGACUUUGUUAUUCACAAGGAGUGGCUUUCAACAUCACCUUCCCUGUUGUGAGUCCAGUUAGAUUGCCCUUUCUAGUGGUCUCCAAUCCUUUUCAGGUAGGAACACCUAUUUUUGCUGAUCAUGAUUUCCCUCUGGGAGGAAAAGGGAGCUUUCAUGGGGACUGGCCUAAUGAAAGCUCUCAGGGAUCACCAUUGUUUGAUUAUAAAACUGGGAGCAUUCUUGUGAGAAGGUCCAAGAGCCCUGUCCUCAUUUUAAAGUAAUCCGUGGGGAGGACCAAUGAUAGAAUCACCAUAUGGAAGUGGGAAGCGCUCAGGAUAUGGACAAGAAUGAGCAUUUAGAAAACAUAAUGUGAGAAGGCAGUGUGUAUCUCUGGGCAGGGAGUAACAAUGUUAUCCCAAUUUGCAUGUGACUGGAGUAUAUGGUUAAGUUCUGAGGAGUAUGGUGCAGUCCCAAGGCCUGAACAUUAGAUAUGGCCACAAGAGUAUCUUAUGUGUGCAUAGUUAGCUUAAAUUUGCUUAACACAAAUAUAAAGCUCUCGAUACCAAAACAAAUAAUCCUGAAAGUAGUGUUUGUUUGAUGAGGAAGAAGUUACCAAUAGACUUUUUAAAAUAAUUGACCACAUCAUGUAAAAAAAUGACAUAACAAAUGUAUGCCGAUAAAGAUUGCCUAUAUACACAUGCAUUUACCGAGACUGAUGUUCUUCUGUUAUUGUUGUCCAAACUUAUAUUAAAGAGUGACGCAAAACAUUAUUAACUAGUAUUUUCAAAUGUUUUCUCCCUAACUUUACCUGGAUUCUUAAAAAGGAACUGUCACUCUUCCAAACCCUUCAUUGUCAAGUGAACAAAAUGUGUGAAUGGCACAGUUAGGUUCAAGUAGGUGUAAACAUUUUAAGGGACACUAUAGUCACCGAACAGCUACAGCCUAAUGUAGUGGUGCUGGUGUCUGUAGCCUGUCUGUGCAGGAUUUUAAAUGUACACUGCUACCUACAGUGAGGGAAAAAAGUAUUUGAUCCCCUGUUGAUUUUAAACAUUUGCCUACUGACUAUAAGUCUAUAAUUUUAAUGUUAGGUGUGUUUUAACAGUUAACAGAAUAAUAAAAAAAAUCCCGAAAAAAGGAAGUAAAAAAAGUUAUAAAUUGAUUUGCAUGUCAAUGAGUGAAAUAAAUAUUUGACCCCUUCGACUUAGUACUUGGUGGCAAAACCCUUGUUGGCAAUCACAGAGGUCAGAAGUUUCUUGUAGUUGGCCACUAGGUUGGCACACAUCUCAGGAGGGAUUUUGUCCCACUCCUCUUUGCAGAUCCACUCCAAGUCUAUAAGGUUUCAAGGCUAACGUUUGGCAACUCGAACCUUCAGCUUCCUCCACAGAUUUCUAUGGGAUUAAGGUCUGGAGACAGGCUAGGCCACUCCAGGACCUUAAUGCUAUUCUGCUUGAGCCACUCCUUUGUUGCCUUGGCUGUGUGUUUUUGGUCAUUGUCAUGCUGGAAUACGCAUCCACGACCCAUUUUCAAUGACUGGCCUUUGAUGCGGUGCAGUUGUCCUGUCCUCUUAGCAGAAAAACACCCCAAAGCACAAUGUUUCCACCUCCAUGUUUGACGGUGGGGAUGGUGUUCUUGGGGUCAUAGGCAGCAUUCCUCCUCCUCCAAACAUGGCAAGUUAAGUUAAUGCCAAAGAGUUCAAUUGUGGUCUCAUCUGACCACAACACUUAUCCCCAGUUCUCUUCUGAAUCAUUCAAUAGUACCGAGCUGUGGUAUGUGCUGUGGUCUGUGUGGAGGACUAAGCCUGACUGAGACAUCAAGAUAGUGAGCAUGGGCUUGGCAAGUAGACGAGCCCAGCAGACCAUGUGGCUGUGUGUUUGUCGGAACUGCCUUUAAAGGCAGCUGUCAAAGACUCCAUCCCAUGGGUUUCCUCCACCUUAGCCACCCAUUGCUGAAGUGUCGGCGCGCAUGUUUUCUUCCAGAGGAGUGGGAUUAGGGAUUUAGCUGCUGUGAGCAGGUGUUUAGUAAGAGAAUUUUUGUAUGCUGCUAGUGGGAUGUCGGUAUGGUGUAUGAGCAUGGGGAGUGGUUGCAUCGGGAGGUCUGUGUCAGUGAUUUCCCUAAUUUUUGUGUUUAUCAGUUCCCAGAAACAGCGCAGCGUUUUUGCGCAAAAGCUUCCCAAAGUUUUUCUAUGGAAAAUCAUUGGAUUGCCUAAGAUCAUUAUGAUUGAUGAUCUUAGCCGUGGAGGCGAGGCCAGAUGUGGCUGUGAAAAAAAAAUUAUUUACCUUUUCGGGGUGAUUGGACACACACCAGCAUAAUAAUAAUAAUAAAUAAUGUGUGUAUUCCUGACACUAUAGUGUUCCUUUAAGCUGUCAACUCCCACAACAUUCUUUUGCUGCCGUCCAGGGGAUCCUUAGUCACUUAACUGACUAAAAAUCACUCAACUUUGUUAAGCGAACAUGUGAAUUUACUGCUGUUGAAAUUAGAGUGAUAUUUGGUUGUGUAAGAACUGCUCCAGACCAAAGAUCACUUAAGCAGCAGUAUUCAGGGAGAAAUUUGAUGAGGGAGCUGACAGUUUUCCUUUAAUAAGAGUUGUGUUAGUGAAAUUAUAGAGUAAAAGAAAAACUUAAAGGGACACAUAGCUUUAGCUUAAUGAAGCAGUUUUGGUGUAUAAAUCAUGCUCCACCAAUCUAACUGCUCAAUUUCUGCAAUGUUAGAGUUAAAUCAUUCUGUUUCUGUUUAUGCAGCCCAAGCCAAACCUCCACUAGCUGUGACUCACACAGUCUACAUGAAAAACAAAUAGCUUCAUCGAUCAUAUCUUACAGCAUAAUUUUUUCAGAAGUUUUUGUAUCUCGUGCUCAGUUAAUUUAAUUUUAAUCGCACACAAGGCUGUUGCAAGCUCUAGCAGGCUAUUAACAGAACAGGAUAUAGGACAGUCUAAAUUAAAAAGACUGAGCAGCAAUAAGGAACACUAAUACAUUUAGACUUGUUUAAGUCAUGUCAGAAAGUGUUUAAGGGGGCAGUGUGAGUCUCAGAAAGGUGUGGCUAGGGCUGCCUAAACAAAGAGAUGUAAGUCUUAAAUGGCAGAGAAUUUACACCAAAGUUACCUCAUUACAGUAAAGUUGUAUUGGUGCUACGAGUUUCCCUUUAAUUUACUAGAUAGCUUUAUUUAUGUCUAAUGCUGUGGAGUUUGACUGACCUUGCCCAAAGAUCAGCCUAUGGGUAUUCUUAUUCAAUGCCACUGGGGAAUACCUUCCAAAUGGAAAUGGCAUUAUCAUGGGUUUUAAUGCCCAAAGUUUAAAUUGAGCCUCAGCUUUGCCAUUUAUGUUUUGGGCAAAUCUAACUGAUAUCUUGCCAUUUAGCUGUCACUAAUGACCAGCACUGAUAUAAUAAAAUAAAUAAAUGGGGGAAAAAAAUAACAUCUCAAAUAAAAAUGAAUUGUAAAACUGAGCCUCACACAACACUGCUAUUGACUAAAGGUGCACGCCGGGCACCAACACAACUUCAUCUAAAUUAAGUUGUUAUUGUGCGAGGAGGCCCCUUAAGGCACCCUUACUGCAAGUGAUUAAAUUGUUUUUUAAAGGUUUAACCCCAAAGUUGGCUCCAGCGGCGAUCUCCACUCCCUUCCAGGCGGUAUCCGGCUUCUGAAAUUUCACGAAGACUCGAGUGCGACCGUGCAAGAGUGCAGCUGACACUCUCAGUCAAUCAGUAAUUAAUGUACAUUUUCCAAGCCAGUUUUGUGAAUGGGGAGUCAAUGAUUGUCUGAGAGUGUCAGCUGACUGCUCUCCGCCAAUCAGCGGCACCACUGCCCGGCGGCACACCGUACUUCCUGAAAGGAACAUUUCGGAAGCCGAAUACUUCCUGGGGUAGUGUUUGAGAAUGGUUUAACCCCUUGAGGUAAGAGUGCCUUCGUGGACCUCCUGACACCAUAACAACUUAAUUUAGAUUAAGCUGUUUUGGUGCCUGGAGUGUCCCUUUAGAAAGCAUGAAGACAGUUGUGCAACUGUAAAAAUAAGUACAAAUAGUUGAACAUAAACAGAAAUUACUUGGGAUAUUAAUAGAAAAGAUUACAAUUUCAUGAAAAAUAAUAGCUGAAACAUCUGCCUUUUUAACCCCUUAAGGACCAAACUUCUGGAAUAAAAGGGAAUCAUGACAUGUCACACAUGUCAUGUGUCCUUAAGGGGUUAAGCUAAAAUUGUAAUUGGAAGGGCAGACGGUUGGAUUUAAACAGGAUUUGUCAUGCUUGAAUGUUAUUACAUUAACAAGAAAAGAUAUAAAAGCAGACUAGCAGGAUUUUGUUUGCUGUUAAUAUAACAGACACUUUGGAAUGUAAGGCCCAUGGAAAAGAACCUAAUGUUGGUAUGAAACGCGUAGCUGCCUGCUGUGGGACAAUAUCAUUAAGUUCCACAUAGUUUCCUUUGGUAUUUUUUGCCCAUUACUUUUUGACACCAUGAACGUUUAUAGGAUUCUCAAUAAACUGGACCAUCUAUUUCAAGUAUACUAACCAUCCACUGCUUUAUUCCAGUUUAGGGAUGCAAUGAGUACUGUACACACCUUGUGACCUAGUUAUUUACCAUGUGGUCUAGGUCGGGUGUGGAAAGGUCUCCAACAAUGUAUGGUCCUGCGCUAUUCAUAUUUGCUAAGUUUCCCAUUCUUUUGACUUCUAAGUCUUCACGUCAAUUGCAUAACAAUCUCUGUACAGUUCUGUUGUCCUUCACUGCACUAGAUAGUGUCAUCUACAUAAAGUAGUGGAUAAGUCCAUUUUCCAUUUCUGUGUCUGGUAAAUAGACAUGGAUCUGCUUUGCUUUGAAUGAAGUUUUGCUUGAUGAGCAUUUAACAUAGUUUGUCAUUCCAUGUCCUGGCAGCUUGUUAGAGUCCAUUUAGUCCUUCCUGUUGCUUGCAUACUGAACCUUUAUUUGUUUCAAAUCAUUCAGGCUCCAUCUUGUAAAUGUCCUCAUCUAUUUUAACAUUCAAAAAAGCUGACUUUACAUCUAUCUGCUCUACAUGAAACUGUAUAGAUGCUGCAAUAGUCAGUAAUGUUAUUAUUGUGCUGAAUCUGACUACAGGUGCAAAGGUCUUCCCCAUAAAUCCUUCUUCUACAAGUCUAGCUUUGGACUACAAUUCCAUCUGAAUCCAGUUUUUGCUUGAAUACCUACUGUCCAUCUAUGGCCUUUUUACCUUUAGGUAACGGGUACAAAUCCAUGUUUUGAGUUUGUUUAAGGAUUCAAUUUCUUAUUUUGCUGUCUCCUUCCACUUAUCCAUUCCCCCCCCGCCCCCCCCCCCCCCACACACAGUUGCAGACAUAUACAUUUAUAUACACACACAAUAGAUGUAUGUCUGUGUGUGUACAUCUGUGGUUGUGUGUGUGUAUAUACGUGUGUGUGUGUAUAUAUAUAUAUAUAUAUAUAUAUAUAUUUUAUAUAUAUAUAUAUAUUUAUUUUAUAUAUAUAUAUAUAUAUAUAUAAUCAGAGACAUACACCCACAUAACCACAGACACACACAAUUACAGACCCAAACAUACAAUCCCAGACCUACACACAUAAUCACAUACAUAAACACAUAAUCACAACACACACUUAACCACAGAGAUGCACACACAAUCACACACAUAGUCACAGACAUACACAAACACAAUCACAGACCCACACACAUAAAAUCACAGACACAUAUAAUUAGAUGUACACACACUAUCAUCACAUACAUACACACAUUUAAUAAGAGGUACACCCAACCUUCCUUCCUUGUUCUGGGAGGGCUGGAAUGGAUAGCUGGUGGUCAGUGAUUGCUGCUGGGAUCUCUGUGCUCUUCCUGCACAGGUCCCUCGCGUGCACUGUAAUGACCUGGAUGCCAGGAUGAUGUCAUAUCCCGGCUCUCUGCAGAGUGAAGACAGUCAGACACAAUCAGAUGCACACAGUUAUACACACAUACUGUCAAAUACAACCACAUGCACACAGUCCCAGGCACAUAGUCACUCGCACACAGUCAAAAACACAGUUACAGGCAGACAGUCACACAAACACACAGUUACAGGCAGUAGCACGCACAAUUACAGGCAGACUGUAACAUAGUUACAGGCAGUAGCAUGCACAAUUACAGGCAGACUGUAACAUAGUUAAAGGCAGCAUCAUAUAGUCAUAGGCAGACAGUCACACACACUCAGUGACAUGCAGACAGUCACACACGCAGGCACAGGCAGGCAGUCAUACAUGCAGUCACACACACACACACAGUUGCAGACAGUCACAGCCAGACAAUCACACACACAGUCACAGGCAGACCCUGGUGUGUAGUAGUUGAGGAAGCUCCUUCCUGCUUCCUCUCUGUGUACAGCAGUAGCUGCAGCGAAGUCUUGGUGCAGGAAAGAGGGUUUGGGAUUUUUAGAGCACUGGGACAGUUUUGAGCUUGGGUACAACCUGUAUCGCCAUGAUGGAUUACACCUAAACAGAAAAGGGUCUGCUGUGCUGGAGGGUUAGGAUGGCUAGAUGGUUGGAGGAGAUUUUAAACUAGUAGUGGAGGGGAGGGGGAGGGGGUUGAAGGGUCAUAGCAAUCUAGAAAAUGGAGAUAGGAUAGAAAGGAGUUGGAUUUUACCUCAGUAUAAGGGGGGUGGAGAUGGGGGGAGGGGCAAGUUCAGAACAGAGGAGGUAUGUAAUAUUGAUAAAAAUUCACAAAAAGUACAAAUGACUCCUGAUAAUAUUAAAUGUAUGCUUACUAAUGCAAGGAGCCUAUAUAACAAAAUGGGAGAACUAGAGGCAAUAGCAUACACUAAACAAUAUGAUAUCAUAGGCAUAACAGAAAAAAAAAUUCACCAUUUUCUAUCCUAUUAUUCUGUAUUGAGUGCUCUCACCAUUUUCUAUCUAUUUAUAACAGAAACAUGGUGGGAUGAGACACAUGACUGGGCAAUUAACUUAAAUGGGUACAUGUUAUUUAGGAAGGAUUGGAAAAACAAGAAGGGUGGUGGGGUAUGUUUGUAUGUCAACCAUGAGUUAAAGUCAAAUCUUAGGCAUGUGGAGUGUGACAAGGAAAAUGUGCAAACUUUAUGGGUAGAUAUCUGCUAGGGGCAAACAAAGGGAAAUCAGUUAUUGGUUGGGAUAUGUUAUAAACCACCUAAUGUAAAUAUUAAUGAACAGCUGUUCGAGCAAAUUGGGAAAGCUGCAAAUCUGGGUAACAUGUUAACUAUUGGAGCUUUUAAUUACCCAGACAUAAAUUGGAAUAGAGGGACAAGUACUUCAGCAAGAGGAAUCAGGUUUUUGAAUGUGUUAAAUUACACAUUAAUGUCACAACUGGUACAAGCACCAACCAGAAAGGAUGCUUGUCUGGAUCUUGUUAUAACAAACAAUGUUGAUCUUUUGACCUGAUCUAUUGACCAACAUUCAAGUAGGGGAGCAUUUUGGAAAUAGUAAUUACAAUACGGUAAUUUUUUAAAUAAACUCAAAAAAGCAAAAGCAUGUGGGGUAUACUAAAACGUAUAAUUUAAAGAAAGCCCAUUUCAAUAAGAUUAGGGCAGCUCUACAACAUAUCGACUGGCAUAAACUCCUUAGUGAAAAAAACACUGAGGAUAAAUGGAAACUAUUCAAACGAAUAUAAGAAAGGUACAUGUCUCAGUAUGUACCAUUGAGUAAUAAAUAUAAAAGAAACAAAUUGAAACCAAUGUGGCUUAGUAGAGAAAUAAAACAAAAGAUUAAAAAUAAGAAAAGGGCAUUUAAAGCAUUUAAAUCAGACAAAUCAGAGGCAUCCUAUAUAAGAUAUAAGGAAGCCAAAAAUGCUUGCAAAAACGCAAUUAAAGUGGCUAAACUAUAAAAUUAGAAAUUGAUAGCCAAAGAAUGCAAAACUGACCCCAAUUUUUUUUCAAAUACAUAAAUUCAAAAAAAACAAAAAAAUGGAAGACCAGGAAAAGGCAGAAAUGUUAAAUAACUAUUUUUCUUCAGUAUAUAUUAAUGAGGAUCCUAUGGCAAGAGAUAUGCAAAUGAUUGCAAAAAACUUGCAGAAAACUUUAUGAUUGGAUGACUCGAGAUAAGGUACUAGAGCAUUUAAAGAAAAUUAAUGUAAAUAAAACUCCGGGGCCUAACCGUAUUCACCCACGAGUACUUAAGGAGCUAAGUGGGAAAAUAAGUAAACCUCUGUAUUUAAUCUUUCAAGAUUCUUUUGUUUCAGGUAUUGUACCAGAGAAUUGGAGGAAGGCAGAUGUCAUUCCUAUAUUUAAAAAAGGUUCAAAAACUUGCCUGGAAAUUAUAGAUCUGUGAGCUUAACUUCUGUGACUGGGAAAAUAUUUGAAGGGCUAUUUAGGGAUAAUAUUCAGAAAUUUAUUGGGAAGAACUUUGUUAUUAGCAAUAAUCAGCAUGGUUUUAUGAAACAUAGGCCAUGUCAAACUAACCUAAUUGCAAUCUAUGAAGAAGUAAGUAGAAGUAUAGAUUAGGGUGUUGCAGUGUAUGUGAUCUACUUGGGUUUUGCCAAGGCAUUUGAUACGGUUCCUCACAAUAGGUUAGUCUUCAAACUAAAAUUGGUCUAGAUGAAUAUUCUUGUUCUUGGGUAGAACAUUGGCUUAAGGAUAGAGUACAACGAGUUGUCAUUAAUGGUAAAUUUUCAAGCUGGACAAAAGUGGUAAGUGAUGUCCCUCAGGGUUCUGUUUUGGGACCUCUUCUAUUUAACAUAUUUAUAAAUGAUCUUGAAAUAGGCAUUGAAAGUCAUGUUUAAGUGUUUGCAGAUGACACAAAACUUUGUAAAAUAAUAAAAUGUGAGCAGGAUAUUGCUUUGUUGCAGAGGGAUUUAGACAGAUUGGGGGACUGGGCACUAAAAUUGCAGAUUAAAUGUAAUGUAGAGAAAUGCAAAGUUAUGCACUUCUGGGUCACAAAUGCACAAGCAACUUACACCCUAAAUGGGAGUGAAUUAGGGAUAACCACCCAUGAGAAGGAUUUGGGAAUUAUUAUAGACAACAAAUAUGAUAGAAACAUUUAAAAAUAUAAAGGGAAUCAACACAGUAAAGGAGGAGACUAUAUUUAAAAGAAGAACAACUACCACAACAAGAGGACAUAGUCUUAAAUUAGAGGGACAAAGGUUUAAAAAUAAUAUCAGGAAGUAUUACUUUACUGAGAGGGUAGUGGAUGCAUGGAAUAGCCUUCCAGCUGAAGUGGUAGAGGUUAACACAGUAAAGGAGUUUAAGCAUGCGUGGGAUAGGCAUAAGGCUAUCCUAACUAUAAGAUAAGACUAGGGAGUAAUGAAAGUAUUUAGAAAAUUGGGCAGACUAGAUGGGCCGAAUGGUUCUUAUCUGCCGUCACAUUCUAUGUUUCUAUGUUUCUAUGUUUCUAUGUAAUUAGGCAGCAAUAUGCAAUGUCAAUCUGCAGUUGCUAAGGCCAGUAAGAUUUUGUCAUGUAUAAAUAGGGGCAUAAUUUAUAGGGAUGAAAAUAUAAUUUUGCCUCUUUAUAAAUUGCUGGUAAGACCACACCUUGAAUAUGAUGUGCAAUUUGGGGCACCUGUUCUAAAGAAGGAUAUCAUGGCACUAGAAAAAGUGCAAAGACGAGCUACAAAAUUGAUAAAAGGAAUGGAGCAUUUUAGUUACGAAGAAAGGUUAAAAAAUUUAAAUCUCUUUAGUUUGGAAAAACGGCGGCUUAGAGGGGAUAUGAUAACAUUAUACAAAUAUAUUCGGGGCCAGUACAAAUCAUUAUCUGAAAAUCUAUUCAUAAACAGGGCUAUACAUAGGACUCGAGGCUGGAAAAAAGGAGAUUUACUCUAAGGCAAAGAAAACUUUUUUUACAGUAAGAACUAUAAGGAUAUGGAAUUCUCUGCCUGAACAGGUGGUUUUAUCAGAGUCCAUACAGAUGUUUAAACAGCAAUUGUAUAAAUACUUACAAAAACAUAACAUACAGGGAUAUAAUUUCUAAUUUGUGGGGUAAUAGCUGCUUGAUCCAAUGAGAUAUCUGACUGCCAUUUUGGGGUCAAGAAGGAAUUUUCUGCUUUUUGCACUUCAGCCUUGGUUUUUUGCCUUCUUUUGGAUCAACAGCAAAAAACAAAUGUGAGGAAGGCUGAACUUGAUGGACGAAAGUCUCUUUUCAGCUAUGUAACUAUGUGUCUUAAGUGUGAAAUCACAAGGAAAGUAAUGAUAUAUAUAUAUAUAUAUAUAUAUAUAUAUAUAUAUGAAUAUAUGGUUUUUAAAAAUAAUAUUGAAUGUUUAAAUAUAGGAACACUGUGUCAUAAACAUAUUACUUAUCAUGCUAAAGGUACUUUGAAUUCUCACUUUUUUGAAUAACCCUGCUUAUUUAUAAAAAAAGGGAGUUUUGCUUAUCUGUUCUCCCUCGCAGCGCUGGUCUCUGGCAUAUAGCUCCAGCUCUAUGGCUGACAUCAUCCGGACCAUAGGAAAGCAUUGAGAGGUUCGUGUGCAUGCACGCCAAAUUGCUGUGCUGCACUAAUCAGGUGGUCUCUAUGAAAGACCCAUUUUUAUGUCUAGUUUUUCCAUUGUUUUUCAUGUUGUUAAAUAUAAAACUGUGUUCAUCACAGUAUCUCAUGCUACAUCUUCAUAUGCUGCUUAUGUCAUAUAUUUUGUACUCUGUGCUGGAGAUAAUUAAAGAAUUAUAUAAAAAAAGAACAUUUUCUCCAUCCCCCAAGUUUAGGUUUUCUGUCUAUAGGAUACGAUUGCUGAACAAUGUGUGUGUAUAUAUAUAUAUAUAUAUAUAUAUAUAUAUAUAUAUAUAUAAGCGUGAUAUAUAAAUCUGGCUCUUAUUGCAGGGUUAAAAUUUAAGCAGAGUGUUAAGGUAUCAAGAUUGAUGACUUUGUUAUUCCAGGAUACGUUAAUACAGCAACGACAACGUUAGUCUCCAUUUGUAUGUACCCGAUAUAAAUAUUUACAAGGAGCAUACGAUUUUCCUUACAUAUGGCUGUUUAUAUUACAGAUGGCUAAGAGUGGAAAAUGACUUACUCUUUAAAUCCAUAAGGAAUAUGCUGGUAAUGAGUUUAUAUAAUGAGCUAUAAAAUAAUACACAAGAGUGUGAAGAACUUGCAGAUAUUACAACAACAAAACGUGUCUCUUCUUUAAAAAGGGCAGGGCGAUAAAAAGUAUUAUCUCAAAUUUCACAUACACAUCUGUUUACUAAGUAUAAGCAGUGAGUUAAGAGUAUCACAUCUCUAAGUAAUUUAAUAAUUAGAAGAACAGGCCAGACACCAACGCUGCAAGAGAUCAUCAUUCUGAUUCUUUUUGCACAAAGGCUGAAAUGUUUUUUUUUUUUUUAAAGAUGUUAAAUAGACACAAACAUUAGAAGAAAAAAAAUCAAAGUAUACACUUAAAUCCAUAAAUAGGUUGAUGCAAGUUAAAUAUAUCAAUAAAAAAUCGAAUUUUGUACUAGUCAGAAGAAUCCAUAUCUCCGGUGAAUAAAGCAGAAGGUUCACUAUUUUGUCGAUUAAAGCUUGAUUUAUGUGAAUACAGAGAAGAGAUAUUCCAUCUUCCAGAAUGCCUAUAUCGAGGUGCUUGCUUGCUGUGAGCAAUUUGCCCGCUAAAAAACUUGUAAUGUUACUUAGAAGAUCUAUCAUAAGUAUCUUUGGUUUGAAAGUGGAUGAGAAACAAGACCACACAGGUUAAAUAUUAUAAUGAUAUGGCAUGUUAUCAUCAGUUACUGGCACUUGUUUAUACCAUGGUUACGUAUGUUAUAAAGUAGUUUUUAAAGUGUUAUUAUAAUCCUGGCAGGAUAGGUAUAACCCUAUAUGCAGUAUUCAUACACACAGGACAAGAAGAACAGUAGAUAAGAGGUAGGUAUUACCGGACCUUAGAGUAGCCGGGCUUAACGUGUAAAAUACAAGGAUAAGGAAUGUCAAGAAACAAGCCAAGGACAAUCUUCUGAAUGCUAUGAGAGUAAAAUAAUUUCAAAUUAAAGAGACACUAUAGUCACCUGAACAACUUCAGCCUAAUGAGGUUCUUCAGGUGAUAACUAUAGCUCCCCUUCAACCUUUCUCAUGUAAACACUGUAUUUUCUGAGAAAAUACACUGUUUACAUUGAAAGCUAGGAACACCUCCAGUUGCAGUCACUCAGAGUGAACCAGAGGGACUCAGAUCUGCUGUGCACGAGCAUCCUGUGAUUUAGUAUAUCCUCCCACUGCAUGCAGACACUGAACUUUCCUCAUAGAGAUUCAUUGAUUCAAUUCAUCUCUAUGAGGAGAUGCUGAUUGGCCAGGGCUGUGUUUGAAUCAUGCUGGCUCUGCCCCUGAUCUGCCUCCUUGUUAUUCUCAGCCAAUCCUAUGGGGAAGCACUGUGAUUGGAUCAGGCUAUCACAUGUUAUAUGGACUACGUGGGCUCCAUAGUGUUUAAUCUUGUGUCUAUAAUACUAUUACUUCAAGGAAUAUUAAUAGGCGGUCGCGGGUAUAGAUCGUCUCUACUCCCUCUAGUUUGUGCACUUACUACAAUCCUAUUUCCCCCCCUUAUCCUUCUCUUUUUCCUAUCCCUUGCUCAUCCCUGACCUCUGGUUGUUAAGAAGUCGUUCCAUGGGGCCCAUCUAUUCUUAAAUUGAUUGAAUUUGCCUAUUGCGGAGAGUCUUAAUUCUUCCAUCUUAUAUAUGUUGUCGACUUUUUGAUACCAUUCCCUUCUGGAAGGUCUCUUAUUGUUUUUCCAAUUUCCUGCUAUGACCGACUUAGCUGCUGUUAGUAGGUAGUAUAUCAGUGAGUGUUUGAAUUUAUUCAUGGAAAUGGGAAUGUUGAAGAAAAGUAUUAUCUCCGGUUUAAAUGGCAUAGGGACCCUACAUAUGUGUUCUGUGGUUUUUGUUACCUCCUUCCAAAAUGCCUCUAUCCUCCUACAGGACCACCAGAUGUGAUGGUUAGUGCCCUGCUCUUCCUCGCACCUCCAGCAAGUAGGUGUAUACAAACAAAUUUCAGUUCAAAUAACUGUUGUAAGAAAUACUCAAGUGAUACAGUUACACUGCCUGUUAACAGUGAAAUGCCACUGUGGGAACAACAGCUACAAAUUAGUAGUGUCAAUAAUGUAUCGAUAUACCAGUAUCCGGGCUCAAGGAAAAAUAGCCAAGUCCCAGUGAGCUGCACUGAAGCUGUUAACAAAGCUGAUAACAAUGUUUACCGAAACUGCAAUGUCUGGACUCCAAAACAAGCUUGAGAGUGCCAAUACACUGCAGAAAAGAGCAUCUCAGAAAUGAUGACCGCAAAACUUGAGAGAUGUGCUUGUUCACAGUCAUCUCGAACCACCUAGUGUCACCCCAGGGUGGCUAUCAAAAACUAAGAGAGUUUUUAAAUGUGGGUCAUGCAAGGCGUGUAAAUUUAUUAACCCUUCUAAAUCUGUACAGUGCUCGAUUACAAACAAGGUGUCCUGACAAUUAGUGAUGGAAUUCACAUGUUGUAAUAUACGCCUACGAAAUUGUUGGUAUGUCUUGCCCACAUAUUGGAGGUUACAGCUGCAAGUGAUGACAUACACAAUUCUGGUUGUACUACAAUUAAUGAAAUCCCGGAUAGGGUACUGGUUGUUUGUAAUCGAGCACUGUACAGAUUUAGAAGUGUUAAUAAAUUUACACGCCUUGCAUGACCCACAUUUAAAAACUCUCUUAGUUUUUGAUAGCCACCCUGGGGUGACACAAGGUGGUUCGAGAUGUGAACAAGCACAUCUCUAAAGUUUUGCGGUCAUCAUUUCUGAGAUGCUCUUUUCUGCAGUAUACUGGCACUCUCAAGCUUGUUUUGGAGUCCAGACAUUGCAGUUUCGGUAAACAUUGUUAUCAGCUUUGUUAACAGCUUCAGUGCAGCUCACUGGGACUUGGCUAUUUUUCCUUGAGCCCGGAUACUGGUAUAUCGAUACAUUAUUGACACUACUAAUUUGUAGCUGCUGUUCCUACAGUGGCAUUUCACUCUGUUAACAGGCAGUGUAACUGAAUCACUUGAGGAAUUCUUACAACAGUUAUUUGAACUAAAAUUUGUUUGUAUUCCCCCCUUUUAACUAUUUACAUUAAAAGUGAAGUUUUAAUUAUCUUUAAUUAUCUGCAGGACACCCUAUCAUUUAUCCCGUCCCUUCUCCUGUCUCCCUUCCUUAUUGUUUAGUUUUAUAGUGCAUUUCAUUGCACAUGGGGUUAACCCCCGCUCAGGAGUAAGAUUAUUGUACUAUCUUCCUUUCCCUUGUUUUCUGAUUUGAGAAUACGUUGAUCAUGGAUUUGUGGCUUGAUGUGAAAUUUAUUAACACAGUAAUGGGGCACAGGUACUUAUUUGGAAAUUAAAGAGACACUCUAUGCACCUACACCACUUCAUCUCAUUAAACACUAAAAAGUGCUGAGAAGCAGCUGUCAAGCUCUAUUUGAAUACCUAUUGAUUAAUGUAUGUAUGUAUAUUGCUUGUUAUGCUCCAUUCCACUUUUUAAUGUUUGUUGAAGUAUUUUGGUGUGCGUUAAAGGGACACCACAUGGAAGAGUUAUAGAGCACAUUGACCAUAACCACUGUGUAUACAUUAUAUUACACUUCAUCUCAUUGUCAACAAAAAUAGAAUCUAGGCACUUUACAAUCUAUUACAUGAUUCCUACAGAAGAUUAGAGCCCAAAAACAUUUACCGCUAUCCUGAAUAUUGCUUGUAAUGACUUCCAAGUUAGUUAAAUAGAUAUCAUUUAAGUAGAAAUCCCUCAUUUUUUAUCAGUUAUGUCCCUUACUUGCUCUCAUAGUUCACAUAUUGCAUGUUAACCGUACCUAUAGCUCCACAUGUUUUCCCAUAUUAUCCUGUUUGUUACCAUGUCUUGUUCACCUGAGGCUUUAUUAAGGUUUGAGCGGUACUUUUGGUUUCUAAGCCUUUCUAUGACUACUAACAAACCUGUGGUAAAUUCAUGGAAAUCGUAGAGUAGGAGAAGGUAAAAAUACAUGUAAUGGCAACAACAUGGGGUUUGAAAAACAAAAAAAAAAUGUUAUACAGAGAGAGUAAGGAUUGGGUAGAAAACAAGGAUAAUAUAGCCAGAAAGACGAUAGAUAAAGCAUAUAAUCAGUGAAGGAACAGUGUACUGGAACUGGGACCACAAAAAAGGGAGAGUUGCAUGAGAGUAGACAGAAAAGACAGUGUGCCAAGAAGGGAAGCGGAGGAAGGAAUUUUGAGAAGUUUAAGGAUGGUUCUAGAGCUAAUGAAAAAAAACAUGAAGUCAGAGAGUGAAUAUGCUGAGCACAUACUGAGAGGCAACAGGAAAAAAAGAGAGAAUGGCAAGGGGGUGGAUUUGAACGGAAGUGUCAUAGAAGUGGGUGAGGUGGAGAAAACAGAAAAUUCCAAGAAUUAGAAGCAAGUUGAACUGUAACAUGAGAUACCCAAUACUUCUAGAAGUGUUAGCUUGAGACACAGUGAUUAUGCCUCAGAAAAACAUGUAGACAUAUCAAAAUAAAACUAGUCUCACAUUUAGAGUGAUCAGAUAUUUCAGGCAAUUGCAUGCUGCCUAUUGCAUAUCUGCUCAGCAGUGAAGGAUCGCUAUACUGUCUUCCUGUAACAGCAUGCUUAGGAUAUUUUCUUUUGGUUCGCACUUUCAUCCCUACUCUGGAAAAAUGUAAAAUAUUUGAAAUCUUUGACAAUCUUAAAAAGCUCAGAGUAACCGUGUGGAACAAUUGGUUCAGUGUUAUGCUGAAAGGAAUUAGGUUCCCAAAUAUACAAGCACACACAUGAAAAUAUACAAGUACAAGAUGUUGGUGAUUUAUUUGUUGAAACUCAGAAUAGCAGCCAUCCUUCAUAGCAUCAUUUGGAACUAAUUUAGUAAACUCUAAGGUAAAAUGGUCAAGAAUCUUGCCUUAGGUGCUAAAUGUGAAAGUAAUACAUUUUGGAGUGUGUUUAUUAAGUUAAACAUAUGUGAAGGUAUAACAUGAGUGUCUGUCUGUCUGUCUGUGUCUGUCUGUCUAUCUAUCUAUCUAUCUAUCUAUCUAUCUAUCUAUCUAUCUAUCUAUCUAUCAAUCUCCUUAUCUAUCUCAUAAACAGAGAAAGCCCUGCUUCUGUGCUCAGCCCCUGAAGGGGACUUAAUGAUGUGCUAAGGGAACCUAAAAGGGAGUAAUCCUAGUAUCAUGUAUGAACAAACACAUAAAUGUCUAGUGGACACUAAGGCCAAAGGCACAAAGAGGUCUAGUGUAAUAGCAAAAGUAUAAUAAAAACGCACAAUUUUAUUAGUAUAAACAAAAGGACAAUUUCAAAAGGAAAAACCAAUUAAAAGAGCCUGACUGGCUCAAUAGUUAUUAGGGGGCAGGGAGGUUUGAGUGGGCAAGGAGGGACAAACUAAAUAGAGCCGAUCCAAAUAAGAGAGGUGUGAGGGCUUCUACCAUAAAGCAGGUUUAAGUCUUUCAGGUGCGACAGGAAAAAGAUCUGGUCAAUGAUCUAACCCUGUGUUACCUAUAUGUAGCAUAUGACAGGCAGCUACAGUAUGGAAAAACUCAUCCAAAUUAGAGUAAGCCUACUGUAACCACUAUAUUAUGAAAGAUCCUGAAUUGCUAACCUACAUAGAGAUUUCAAUUCUUAGGUUGUGACACUGUUGUCAAUGUUUGCAGCCAAAAAAGUAACAAAGUAACCCUAAGGUAAAAGCAACUGCUACUAAACAAAGAACAUAUGUCCUGGUUGAGUAAAAGACUUAGUAGCCACUAUCCAAUUGAACCAAAUAGCAUUGGUUGCACUCCUGCUUGAGGAUUUCUACAUUCAAGCUAAACUUUAGGAGUCCCUCAAGACAUCUAAUCUGGCGUCCCUCCUUAACUAUAGCCGGAUAACAACCCUACCAAGUCUUAGCCCCUCUUUAUAAUUGAAAUCCCACAGCUAAAUCAACCGUGCAUAACUAGUUCAUAUGAAGAAAUAAAAUAAAGCAGAAAAUUGUGAUUUUUCUGUGCUGUUAAUGCGCAUUCGUCCGGGGCAGUAAGCCAGGGUGAAUUAUCAGGAUGCAUUAUCCUACUAAAAGAGGCCACUGCCAUCAAGGAACACCAUUGUUAUGAAGAGGUAUACAUAGUCUGCAACUAUUUCUAGGUAGGUGGUUCGUGUCCAAGUAACAUCCACGUGAAUGCCAAUACUUAAGUUUUCCCAGUAGAACAUUGCCCAGAGCAUAACACUGCCUGAGCCGGUCUGCCUUCUUCCCAUAGUUAUUCCUGCUGCUUCUCUUCCCCAAGUUGAUGCAUCUCUUCCCCAAGUAAUGAUGCACACGCACCCAGCCAUCCUUCUGAUCGAAAAGAACACAUGAUUCAUCACACCAGGCAACCUUCUUCCAUGGUUCUUCUGACCAGAAGAGCUAGUCUUUGCUCCUUGCAUGCAUCAAUGAGACUUGGGUGUCCAUGACCCUGAUGCUGGGUCACCAGUUGUCCUUCCUUGCACAAAUUUUUUCAGAUACUAACCAUGAACACCCCACAAGACUUGCCGUUUUGGUGAUGCUCUGACCAAGUCGUCUAGCCAUCACUAUUUGGCCCAUGUCAGAGUCACUCAUAUCUUUUCAUUUGCCCAUUUUUUGUGGAUUUUGUCCAUCCACACAAAAUCCGGUGCUUAGUGAAUAAACCUGCAUGCUUUAGGUGAAUAAGACUAAGGCAAGAUGAAUUUGGGAGAUGGUCUGACUUGAAGUGACUAUAUUCAAUAUAUCAUUUGUGGAGCAGUGAUAAGUUGGACGGGAAAUUUACUGGAGAGGCAGUGGAAGGAGAUGAGAUUCAGCAGGGGAGAAAUAUAAAAAGGAGACAGUGGAAAAUUUCUUGCUGUGUUUCAAUAUUUGUGCUGUAAAAGAUAUCCAGAAAUAACACAAAACGUGCUACCUAAGUUAGAAAGAUGAAGUUUUAAUUCAAUUAUAAAAAUAAUUUAGUAUAAUGAGGAUUCUUAUAGUUAAUAUAUAAAAUAACACAAAGAAGAAAAAAACUAUUUGUCAUUUCAGUUAUGUGGGCCGUUAAAGGACCACUAUAGUGCCAGGAAAACAAACUUGUUUUCCUGGCACUAUAGUGUUAAUAGGUCCCCCCCCCACCCUCAGGGUCCCUCUCCUGCCGGGCUCUGGGGGGAGGAAGGAGUUACCUCCUUACCUUUUUCCAGUGCCAGACUCCCUCGGCGCUGGGGACUCUCCUCCGUCUUCCGCCGAAUGCGCAUGCGCGGCAAGAGCCGUGCGCACAUUCAGUCAGUCAGUCCAUAGGAAAGCAUUAUCAAUGCUUUCCUAUGGAUGAUGGCGUCUUCUCACUGUGAAAAUCACAGUGAGAAGCGCGGAAGCGCCUCUAGCGGCUGUCAAUGAGACAGCCACUAGAGGCUGGAUUAACCCAUAUGUAAACAUAGCAGUUUCUCUGAAUUUAAGUUCUCUGAAACUGCUAUGUUUACAGCUGCAGGGUUAACCCUAGAUGGACCUGGCACCCAGACCACUUCAUUGAGCUGAAGUGGUCUGGGUGCCUAUAGUGGUCCUUUAACUCCAUACUUCUGUAUCUGGGCCUGCUAGCUUAUUAUAUCUGUGUGCCUUUUGUUAACAUGAUAACUUUGUGGAGUUUUUUAUUUUUCUGUUCUAAUGUUUUUUUUGCCAAUUUGUCAAUCUCAUAUUUGUUUGUUUUUGCCAUCUUGCUAAUCCAGUAUUGGAGAAUUGAAAAUUGAAUAGCGAAAAUUAGGAAAAAAAAUGCACUUUUAAAAAAUAAUUUCCCCUGUAGUCUUAGUUUGACUAUUUUACCUCCGAUGUUGCAAUUCUGUUCACAGUUCUCCAUAAAUGGUUGUUUAGCGAAUGUUUUCGUAGAACCAAAAUCUAAAGUCUAGUUGAUUUUGUGAUUGCAGGUUAGAAGAAUUCUGCAUUGAAAAUGACUGAGCGCUUCGACUGCCAUUACUGCAAGGAAUCUCUCUUUGGCAAGAAAUACCUGCUGAGAGAGGAGAAUCCAUACUGUGUCAAGUGCUAUGAGAGUCUCUACUCAAAUAGCUGCGAGGAAUGCAAGAAGCCAAUCGGCUGUGAUGGCAAGGUAUGCCUAGUUUCUGUCUGCUCUUGCUCAGUGAUAGUUUCAUCAGAUCUGUCAAGUUGUCCCUGGGCACAGCUCACAGUUGUGCAUAAAACUGCUGUUGUGUUGUAUGCAGUAUUAAUGUGCUGCAAGGGGGCAAUCAGAGAAUAAAUGAAGGCAGUCUCUUUUGGAUUCCUCAUUGACUAAAUAUUUCCUUCCUGCAGUCAAUGAAUUCUGCUGGCUGUGGGGCACCACUAAUCAUAUAAAAGAUAUAUGAAGUCAUACCAGGAAAACUCAAUACAUGGAAGCCCUGUCUGUUGCUAAUACCAACAGCCAAUGCUCUAGAGCAGGUGUGCCCAAAAGGUAGAUCCCCAUAUGUUUUAAAACUACAAAUUCCAUGAUGCUUCGUCAUUCAUGAAGAUGCAUUGAAUCUGUGGAAAGUUCAGUAUCUCCAUGCAGAGCAUGUGCAGCACUUCCCCAGGAAGCACCUCCAGUGGCCAUCUGAGGAAUAGCCACUAGAGCCACUAGAAGUGUUUCUAGGCUGCAAUGUAAACACUACCUUUUCUCUGAAAAGUCAGAGUUUACAUGAAAAGGGCUGCAGGGACAGGCUAUACUCACCAAAACAAUUACAAUAAGCUGUAGUUGUUCUGGUGACUAUAGUGCCCCUUUAAUUGAGACCACUAGUUACAUUAUGAACACAUGCAUGAUAAAUUAACCCCUUAAGGAUGCUGUCCUUUUUGGGACAGUUUUAGAAGUUAUUAAAAGUAUUAAACAGUUUUUAAAUUAAAUAAAAGGUACUUAGAUCAUAUAUAUAUAUAUAUAUAAAUAUAUAUAUGAUUUAAGUACUUUUAUAUACACAUACACAUACAUUAUUAAUAAACGUGUAUUUUAAUAUUAAUAUAUAUAAAUAUGAUGUUAAUCUUGAUAAAGACCGCUUGAAGGUCGAAACGUUAAUUUACUUUUUUGCUCGUGGUUUAAUAUAAGAUUUGUUUCAAACCCAGUGAGUGCUCUCAUUUUUUCUGGUUAUAUAUAAUUAUAUAUAUAUGUGUAUGUGUAUAUAUAACCAUAUAUAUAUAUAUAUAUAUAUAUAUAUAUAUAUAUAUAUAAUAAAAAGAACCAAUAAAUAAAUUGAAAAAAAUGAAAAAAUAAAAUGAAAAUAAAUUUAAAAAAAAGAUAUACCAGUUUUAAUUUGUUCUAACUGUAUUUUGAUAUUAAUAUACAUAUAUAUGAAAUUCAAAAUACAUUUAGAAUGACGUUAUAAAUACAUAUAUGUAUCUAUUUAUAUAAUCUAUCUAUAUAUAUAAUCGAUCUAUAUAUAUAUAUAUAUAUAUAUAUAUAAAAAUAAUAACGAAAAAUUAUAUAUAUAUAUAUAUACACAUAUAUAUUUAAAUUCUCCAAAUAUAUUUAUAUAUUAAUAAUUACAAUCUGGGGGACCUGCCCGACAACCCAGGCAGAAAGUCCAGAGAAUUUGGCUUGCAAGCCCUAUAUUUAACCCGGUAACUUUCCAGGACACCAUGAAACCUGUACAUGGGGGUACUGUUUUACUCAGGAGACUUCGCUGAACACAAAUAUUAGUGUUUAAAAACAGUAAAACAUAAUACAACGAUGAUCUCGUCUGUAAAAAUGCAGUUUUUGGCAUUUUUCACACACAAACUGUACUUUUACUGACGAUAUAAUUGUUGUGAUAUGUUUUACUAUUUUUAAACACUAAUAUUUGUGUUCAGCGAAGUAUCCCGAGUAUAACAGUACCCCCCAUGUACAGGUUUUGUGGUGUUUUUAAAAGUAGCAUUCAAUUUAGUUUUUUGCAUUUUUCACACACAACAAAUAUGAACGCUAACUUUGGCCAGUGUUUGUGACUAAGUGGCUACUAAAAAUGACUGGACAUAUCCCACCUGUAAUACCUUGGGUUGCCUACUUUUGCAAAUGGUAUGCCAUCAUGGGGGUAAUUCUCAUUCCUGGGCUGCCAUACGCUCUCAAAGGCAACAUAACCAACCUGGCCAAUUUCAAUGUGUAUAAACUGAAAAAUGUAACAUGCUAUAUUUGACCCUGUAACUUCCCAAAACACCAUGAAGCAUGUACAUAGGGGGUACUGUUUUACACAUGAGACUUUGCUGAAUAAAAAUAUGUGUACUUUAUUGCAGUAAAAGCAAACAGUAUUAUGACAGUCACAUUUAAAAUGCCAUGCAGAACUAAAAAUUUUUUCUUAAUUUCUCAUUUGUUUUAUAUUUUAUUCAUAUUAAAUUAUGUUUAAUAUACAAAUAUUUGAUGUAUCAUGAAAGCCCUGUUUCUCCUGAACAAAAUGAUAUAUAAUAAGUGUGGGUGCACUUAAUAUGAAAUAGACAUAUAGCGCAAAUUCAAGGUUUUGUUUAAGUUUUGUUUUGAUCACAACUUGUACAACUGCCUCAGUCCUUAAGGUGUUAAUUGUGACACAUCUUGAGGAGAGAAGAUGGCACAGCAGAUGGAAAGUGCUUAGUAUAUAUCCAUCUGUUUUCUUCCAAUAGCUGUCAUCAGUUAUAAGACCUGUCACCUGGUUGGAUCUUUACAGAAAAUAGAGCCCCCUCUCCAAGUGUCAUAUAUGCUGUUUAUUUUGGGUUGGAGCUGUUUAUUGGAUUUCAUAAUAACAUAAGCUAAAGGCAAACCUCCAGCCUCUCUGGAACCUUUUCCAGAAUUUCAACAAACUGAUAAAGUUGGAAAUGUGGUUUGGAUUGAGAUCAACAUUCAUUUUAUAUAACCGAGAAGAUCAUCGUUUAUGUAAAGCUCUCUAGUCCUUGGAUCAGUAUGAACAAAUACAAUUGAGUAGCAGGACAAAUAAUGAAGGACAUUUUUUUGCCUUAUUUAUUAAGACAAAAAAUUGACAAAUAUAUACAAUGCAGUCUCCUAUGAAAACAAGGACGCACAUGGAUACAAUAACAAGUGGAAGUAAAUUAUCAUGAAUCAAAGUCAGCAAUGAAAUAUUUUAGAAUUUUGUUCUGUUUUACAUCAAUUUCACAGCUUGGAUGCUUUUAUGCUAUGCUUUUCUCAGGAGAAAAAAACAGCAUCAUUUUAAAGAAUACAGACAGAGGAAUUUUUAUCAUAGCUGUUUGUAACGGAGAAGGAACAUUUCAUUGCCCUUGGUGAAAGCAAGCACUAAAUAACAAUCUAUAGCUGUGUCACAUUCUUCAACUGGGGACAUGGAGAUCCUCGAGAAACUGGAAAGAAUUCAGCACAUCUCAGGAAAACAUUUAGUAUUUUUUUUUUCAAACAAAGCUUUUAUGCUCAAAUUUAUCAGUUUGUUUAUUAACAUAGUCAGCAUGAUUUACAAAAUUCUAUACUUUUUCAAUUCUUUAGUUUUCAAUUGGUUAAGCAAUUAGCCAUGCAGUAGUAGUGGGAAACAAUGCGUAUUAUACCCAACUAACUUGCCAAGUCUAGGACACACAAUCGGCAACAAUAUCUUGUGCAAUUCAAGUCUUACCCCUGUUCUUUUUUUUGGUUUUAUUGUAGGUAUUGGGGCUGAUGUGUAUUAUGGUCACUGCUGCUGUCCAGGAAUAGUGGGAGUUUGAGUGCAGGAGUUAUUUUUGUGUAUUUGUAUUUACCCCUGUUCUUGAUCGCACUUAGAAUACAUUUAAAACAACAGGAGAGACAUUCCUCCCAGACACAUUCCAGGCUAUCAUGAGUUUUUGUGUUCCUCUCACAUUGCCCAUGUUUUCGUGAAGGAUUUCAUUGAAUUGUGAACCAUAGCCGUUAAUUUGCCCAUUAGAAAGAUAUUGCCUAUCCUACGGUUAACCUCUUUCAUAUUCUGGACCUUUUGUAUUCAUCCAACCCGACACCAGAACUCUUCUGGCUGCCAAUGUGAUCUUAUUCACCAAUUUUUGAAAAUGCUUAGAUAAAUGGUCAAUAGGUUUGGACAAGAGGAACCCUAAAGGUCUAAGCCAGAAGGCCUAUGAAAGAUCUAAUAUAAUAUUGCUCUGAUAAUUUCCUACUACUUGCGUAUCCGAGGACAAUCCCACCAAUACCUCAUGUGGUAAAGGUCUCAAGAGUUCACGCACAAUAUCGUGCAGAACCCCCUCUCCUGCUUUCUCUGGUAGGCCUCUGAGAAACGGGUUGUUCCUGCACGAUCUGUUUGCUUAAUCUUCCAUUCCAGUUCUAGCUCUAGUAAGCAUGUGUGAAGUGCCAUAGAGUAGUCCACGGCCUCAUUAUGAGCUUCUACCCUGUGCUCCGCUCCUAUCCACAGCUUUGCUGUGCUCUGGCCCAAAGCCAGUGGCGUACUAAGGGGGGGGUCCGCCCCGGGUGCCACCAGGGUGGGGGUGCCUUGGGAGGGGGCACCACCAGGAGCGCCAGCCCCCCUCAUGCUUCAGCUGCCCGAGCACUCUGUAGAGAGCCUCAGGCGGCUGCAGCUUUGCCCACCCCGGGUGCAGCCUGAGGAGAGGGGCUGACAGGAGGGAGCGCUCAGCGCGCCCUCCUGUCACUCCCUCACUGUAGCGUGGCCGAGUUCUGUAUCAUGGUCCACGGGUACAGGGAAGUGUUCACUUCCUUUUAGUCCGGCCGGGUACAGGAAACAAAAGCUCCCUGUACCCGUGGACCAUGAUACAGAGCUCGGCCACGCUACAACAGAGGUGGGGGGGAUAAAGAAAGAUUGGGAGGGGGGAUAAGGAAAUUGGGAGGGGAUAAAUAAAUAUUGGGGAGAUAAAGAAAGAUUGGGAGAGGGGAUAAGAAAUUGGGAGGGAGAUAAAUAAAGAUUGGGAGGGGGGGAGAUAAAUAAAGAUUGGUGGGAUAAUGAAAGAUUGGGAGGGAUAAAUAAAGAUUGGGGGCUAAAUAAAGAUUGGGAGGGGGGAGAAGGAAAUUGGAGAGGGGGGAUAUAGAAAGAUUGGGAGGGGGGAUAAAGAAAGAAAUUGGGUGGGGAGAAGGAAAUUGGAGAGUGGGGAUAAAAGAAAUUGGGAAGGGGAGAAGGAAAAGAGAAAGGAAAUUGGAGAGGGGGAGAAGGAAAUUGGAGAGGGGGGAUAAAGAAAGAUUGGGAGGGGGGAUAAGGAAAUAAAUUGGAGGGGGGAUAAAGAAAGAAAUUGGGAGAGGGAGAAGGAAAUUGGAGGGGGGGGAGAAGGAAAUUGAAGGGCGGGAGAGAUUCACAUUCAUCACACACAAUGCACCCCUUGCACACAGAAAAACACACAAUGCAUUACACACACAAACACACAUACACAAGCAAUGCAACCGUUUCACACAAUGCAUCCCUUACACACACAGAAACACACAAUGCAUUCAUUACACACACUCAAUGCAUCCCGUACAUACACAGAAACAUACCUUGCAGACCUUACACAUACAAACACAGAUUCACACAAUGCAUUCCUUACACACAUAUCAGGACAUAGCCUACACACUCCACCCCCUGUGAACAAACUCAUUGGUGGAACAUGAAGGUGGACCCUGGGACCCAGACCUUGAGCUGUGUAGAGGGUCCCCCAAAAAAUGGAGCUGCUUCCCGUUCUCCCAGAACAUUGAUUUUUGUGACCACAGUUACAAACCGCCUCCAGAGAGCCUGUUCUACACCAGACCAGUGGAGCCAGACUGCAGCUAGAGCCCAUCAUCAUCCUCAUCUGGUUGUAAGUAGGCAAUCUAGUAUAUUAUUCGUGGCACUAAUCUCUAAUAAGAAACACUAUAAUCCCCAGAACCACCACUGCAGCUUAAUAUAGUGGUUCUGGUGUCUAUAACCGGUCCCUGCAGGCCUUUUAAUGUAAACACGGCGGCACUGCAGCACUGGAGUUAGAUAACAUGGCAAUUCAUAUGGGUGGGGCAUUGUGAUGUCACAUGGAGGGGGCGUCAAACUUUACUUUUGCCUAGGGCGGCAAAAAUCCUUGCACCGGCCCUGGCUGGAGGGGGCUGUGUGAGCUGUGGCCGCACAGUGCCCCAUGGUAGUUAUUGUGCCGUGCGGCCAGUACAGCUCACACAAGCAAACAGCUGAUAAACUGGCCACACGGAGGAAAAGUGGGGCGGAGCUAAGCAAAAUCGGAGGCGGAGCCAAACUGGCGCUGGGGCCGGGUGCCAAAUGCUCUAGGUACGCCCCUGCCCAAAGCCCUUAGAGCUCUUUUAUAUUUAUUUUGUUAAGUAGUUCCCUUAUCUGAUGUCGAUUAUACUCUGUAUCAUAUCCUCACUAAAUCCCCCAGUUGUGCCUAGAUCCAUUCUUUCUCUCUUAAUUUUUGUGUUGCCGCAAUUCUGAAAUUUUGGAUGCUUUUGAAUUGUCGAAUUUGGGAGGAAAUUCAGUUGGCUCUGAAAUGAAUUGCACAAGUCUACAAUUAAUUACAUGACCUAUUUUUGUGUCACCUGCAAACACUAUUAUAUGACAUUUGAUGCCCUCUGCAAGAUCAUUAACAGAUUAAAGAUAAGUGAAUCCAGCACAGAACCCUAAAUGACUCCACUUGCAACUUUUGUCCAACUAAAAUGUUCUACAACUAUUUUCUGCACUCUGUCUAUAAGCCAGUAUUUAAUCCAAAAACAAUAAUUCAUAUUCUUGGAGUUCCGUGGUGCAAUUCUUUUAUUCAGCAUUAAACUAUUUUUUUAAAUGCUAAAAGUCUCCAGAAGCACCUCUGUGCUGCUUGGGCUAAUGAGGGAGAAGUAGCCUGAUCAGCAAUGUGGGGCUGUGAUUGGCUCAGAGUUUCAGACGCUCAGAUUAUAACAGCUAAUUUAGCUAUAUUAUUUAGUUGUAUUUAGUUGUAACAGUUCUUAUUUGUACUUUCUUUGCUUUAACUGAGUAAUUAGGAAUCAUUAGUAAAAUUCACUUCUACAUUUCAACAGCUGGGCAGCGGGCACUGGAUUUUUUGGGGAGGGGUUUGAGUGAGGCACCUGGACAUUCAGGCCCUGAUCAUUGGCACCCAUUAACGUUUUGAUAAUCAUCAUACAAUAGACUGUAAUUUACCCAGUAGGUUAUUAAUUGCAUUUCACCAUAUUCACGAGCCAUGAUUCUUUGACAGAAUUCAGGCAACUUUACACAUUCUCUAUAUCUUUGAUGCAUGUGCCAAUGCUCUAAACCAGCGGUUCCCAAACUGUGCCAUUGCGCCCUGGGGCGCCGCGACGUGCACACAGGGGUGCCGCGGAAUGUUUCCCCAGUGCUAUGAUUAUAGCACUGGGAAAACCUUACUGCUGAACAGGGCCGCGGUCAGGUGUCAGGGUCCUUUAAGACUGCGACUGGACCACUGUAUUGUCGUCUGACUGGGAGGAAGUUACAGCCUGUCACUUCCUCCCAGCAUCCUGCAGGGGGACAUCGCGGGAGGGAGAGGGAGGCAGCUGCAGCUAAGGGGAGAGGAGCAUUAAGAGCUCCAGAUGCCUCACUCCCACCAGCAGUAGGACUCCUGGCACAUAAGGUAAGCUGACAGGAGGGUGGCUGGAGAUAUAAAAAUACAAUCACUUGUAUGUAUGUGAGUGUGUGUAUGAGUUUGAGUGUGUGUGAGUAUGAGUGUGUGUGUGUGUGCGUGAGUGAGCAUGUGUGUUUGUGUAUGUGUGUGUCAAGGUGUGCAUCUGUGUGUGUGUGUGUGUGCAUAUAUUCAGUGUGCUUCCGUGUCUGUGCACACAUCUGUGUAUGUGCAUCUGUGUGUCAGGGAGUGUGUUUUUAUAUCCGUGUGUGUAUCUGUGUCAGGGUGUAGGCAUUUAUCAAGGUUUGUGUGUGUUAGGAUUCAUGUGUAUAUAUAUAUGUCGGUGUGUAUCUAUGUGUGUGUAUGUGUCUGUUUGUAUAUGUGUGUGUAUGUGUCUGUUUGUAUCUAUAUGUGGGUAUGUGUCGGUGUCUACAUGAAUAUGUGUGUGUCAGUGUAUUUAUAUGCAUGUGUGUGUUAAUGUGCAUGAAUAUCUGUGUAAGUAUGUAUGUAUGUAUGUGGUAGUGUAUGUGCAUCCAAGCAGUCAAACACCAGCACAGCAUACAAGCACACUCCUGCAAUCUAACUCAAAUAUUACAUACACACACACACAUGCAUUCAAACAAAAAAAAUAUACAAACACACCCCUUCACUCAAACACAAACUUCACAUACAAACACAGCCCUGUAUUAAAAUUAAAACUCAAUAACUAUAUACAAGCACCCCUUCAAACACCAACACUGUACAUUCCAUAUAGCGCCAGUAAAUGCCGCAGUGCUGUACAAAUAUGCAACCUAGAAAUUUUGACUUGGAGUGCCUUGGAAAAAUACUGAAAUAUUAAGGGCGCUUGGAACCUAAAAAGUUUUGGAACCACAUGGUCCUUAUCUCUACUGCUGAAUCUGUAAUGUAAUCCAAAAUUAUAACAAUGUAAAAAACUGUAUUGCAGGAUUAAUCCUUAGAGGUUGAACUAUGGAUCACUAAAAUAAACUUCCUUGAAAUACUAUAUGAUAUUUGGAACAAAGUUUACACAAAUUGAACCCUAACUCAUACUAUAACUUGGCUACAGUCAUUAAUGUAAACAUUUUGGUAUAUAGUUGUUUCCAGUAUUGAAAAGCUAUCAUCCACAACUAAUCUCAGACUAAUCUCCUGGGUAAAUCUGAGUUAGCUUGAUUUUACAAAUAAUUUAAAGGAACACUUUAGGGUCAGGAACACAAACAUGUAUUCUUGACCCUAUAGUGUUCAAACCACCAUUUAGCCAGCCUGGCCUCUCUAAAUAUAGUAAAAAUCCAACUUGUAUUACAGUCUGCUUCAAGCUCUGGCCCUGAUCUUCCUGCUUGGUUAACAUCAUCAGAAGUGUUAUUCAAAGCCAAACACAAUGUUUUCUCUUAGGAAAGUACUGGAUUGACUGUGACUGUCAAGGAGGCCAACCAGAGGCGGAGCCAGCACAAGUCAAACACAGCCCUGAUCAAUUAGCAUCUCCUCAUAGAGAUGCAUUGAAUCAAUGAAUCUCUAUGAGGAAAGGUCAGUUUUUCCAUGCAAAGGGUGGAGACCCUGAAUGACAGUCCCACUGUGCAGCACUGCCCCAGGAAGCACCUCUAGCAGCCGUCUGAGGAGUGGCCAGUGGAGGUGUCCCUAGGCUGUAAUGUAAACAUUGCAUUUUCUCUGAAAAUACAGUGUUUACUGCAAAAAGCCUGAAAGGAAUGAUGCAAUAAGCUGUAGUUGUUCUGGUGACAAUAGUGUCCUUUUAAUAUAAAUCUAGACUAUGGAGAUAUAGAAUAUUAAUUUAUGCAUUUAUGUCUCUUUCCCUGAUUCAGUCCCCAGCUUCAAUAAGAAAGCCUUCAGAUUGGGCGCCAGUGAUAGGCUGAGGGAAUCCGAUGGCACUCUUAACAUAUGACUAGUAGUAAAAUUUAAUGAAAAAGGUAUGCAAUUUUGCCCAAAUUAAUAUUGUAUGCUUAUAUUUGAAAUAUUGAUUUCUUUAUCUGCCUCCUUAAAUCUUUACCAAUCUGGUAACAAUUUUAGUCAGCUCAAGAUGGAUUAGGUGGUGUAUCAUAUUUUUUCAUUUUUUGCAAUCACUUAUUUAUUGGUUAAACAAGGGACAUUCUGUUUAGGAUUACAUAUAUUGUUUAUUUCUCAUCCCAACUACUGCUUCACGAGAACGUGGUCUUCUUUAACCCCGUAGUGACCAAACCGCUUUUUCAAUUUUCUUACCGUUUGGGACCAGGGCUGUUUUCACAUUUCUAUGGUGUUUGUGUUUAGGUGUAAUUUUCCUCUAACUUAUUUACUGUACCCACACAUAUUAUUACCGUUUUUCUCGCCAUUAAAUGGUCUUUCUAACGAUACCAUUUUUUAAAUCAUAUUAUAUAAUAUAAUUUACUAUAAAAAAAUUAUAAAAUAUGAUGAAAUUAUUUUUAAAAAAACACACUUAUUCUAACUUUGACCCCCAGAAUCUGUUACGCAUCUACAACCGCCAAAAAACACCUGUGCUAAAUAGUUUCACAUUUUUUCCCCCGAGUUUAGAAAUGCCCAAUGUCCCUGAAUAACCCUUUACAUGUAUACAUUUUCAAAAAGAAGACAAUCUAAGGUAUUAAACUUGGGGUAUUUUGACUCUUUUCAUGCAACCAUUUUACCACCAAUCUAUGCCAAAUUAAAAAAUAAAUAAUAAUAAUUGGUGAUUUUUUUUUAACACACAUAGCAAUUUAAGAAUACAUGUACUGAGAACUUUAAGGGUUACUGCAAAAGAACAACCAAAUAUGUGUCCAGUAACAUCUCCUGAGUACAGUGAUACCACCCAUGUAUAGGUGUGUCGGGUUCUCUGGGGGGUAAUAGACCUUAUUUGGAGGGUGCGCAUUCCAGUUUUCCAACUUGGAAUUUUUACAGCUGGUCAUCAUGCACCCAUGUGCUAUUUGGGACAUUUUUAAAGCCGGUCAAUUUAGCCCCAGCAAAAUAAUUUUUUUUUUUUAAAGUAGACAUCUUGGGGUAUUCAAUAUGGGGUAUGUCUAGUCUUUUUUAGUAGCCACUUAGUCACAAACACUGGCCAAAGUAAUCAUUUAUAUUUGUUUGUGUGUGAAAAAUGCAAAAAAAAAUUAUGAAUGCUAACUUUGGCCAGUGUUUGUUACUAAGUGGCUACUAAAAAAGACUGAACAUACCCCAUUUGCAAUACCUUGAGUUGUCUUCUUUUGCAAAUGGUAUGCCAUCGUAGGGGUAAUUCUCAUUCCUUGGCUACCAUACGCUCUCAAAGGCAACAUAACCAAUCUGACAAAUUCCAAUGGAAAAAAAACUUUAAAAUCAAGCGUUAUAUUUGACCCUGUAACUUUCAAAAACACUAUAAAACCUGUACACGGGGGGUAAUGUUAUAAUCGGGAGACUUUGCUGAAUACAAAUAUUAGGAUUUCAAAACAGUAAAACGUAUAACAACAAUGAUAUCAUUAGUGAAAGUGCAGUUUGUGUGUGAAAAAUGCAGAAAAAAUGAAUUUCACUGACAAUAUCAUUGCUAUGAUAUGUUUUGCUGUUUUGAAACACUAAUAUUUGUGUUAAGCGAAGUCUACCAAGUAGAACAGUACUCCCCCAUGUACAGAUUUUAGGAUGUCUUGGAAAGUUACAGGGUUAAAUACAGUGCUAGCAAAUUAAAUUCUCUGGACUUUUGGCCUGGGUUGUCAGGCAGGUCCCACAAAUUGCAAUCAAUAAAAUUACUUAAUUAUGUAAAAAUAUUACAUAAACAUGCACGUAGAAUUUAAACAUAUAUACAUAUUUAUAUAUUUGAAGUCUACGUAUAUUUAUGAAAUUAUAUAUGUUAUUAUGUAUAUGGACAUAUGCAUAUUUCGUAUUAUUUGUAUUUAUUUAUAUAAACAUAUAUAUAUAUAUAUAAUUUAAUUCUAAGUGUAUUUUGAUAUAUAUAUAUAUAUAUAUAUAUUAAUAUCAAAAUAAAGUUAGAAUAAAAUUACACAUAUAUAUAUAUAUACACUUUUUUAAACAUUUUUCAAUUUUUUAAUUUUUUUUAUUUAUUUUUAAUUAUUUAUUUUUUAUAUUAAUAUAUAUAUAUAUAUUUAUAUAUAUAUAUAUAUAUACAAUAUAUAUAUAGUUAUUAUAUAUAUUUAUAUAUAUAUAUAUGUGAGUAAUUUUACUCUAAGUGUAAAAAAUACACUUAGUAUGAAGUUAUAUAUGAUAUAUAUAUACAAAUUAUAUAUAGAUAUAAUAUAUGUAUAUAUAUCUCAUAUAUAGGAAUAUAAAAAAAAAUACCGGCACUCUAGGCUUUGUUCAUCCGAUUUAUUUUUGGUAAAUCCAAAAAUGUCAACAUUUCAGCUCCCGAUCAGAGCUUUCAUCAGGACACAUGAAAUGGCAUACAUUAAAAUGACAAACAUAUAAAGGACAUGUUAACCAAUACUCACUCACCUAAUCAGCUGUAUCACAUCACCCCUGAUGCUUGGCAUGCUCUCAGCGCAUAUGCGCAUGUCUGCCUUUCGUCAAACCACUCCCCCGUCAAGGAGUAGCUGUGGCCAAUCGUUUACCUGCGGCUACGUCACAGUCCCAUGGCAACCGUUUGUUACAACCUCCAUCUCGGCCGCCGCUGUGUAAACAACAGCCGCAGGGCCAGGUGUGACCUGGUACGAACUCAGAUCUCCCCCCCCCCCUGGACUGGCGGUGGUUAUCCUGUUCCCCACUGAGGUUCACAGACCCCCGAGCAGCACACCACCCGCGUACUCGAGGCCCACAAAGCAAAAUCAACAUGGCUGCUGGCCAUGACACGCUGCACUCUCGUCUGAGCCUGGGUGAUAAAGAGUGGCUGGACUCAUUCAACAACAGAUUUGAGGCUGUAUGCCAGAGGUUUUGGCAACGUCUGGCUGACCGAUCACGGGUGCUAUCACCUCCUGCUGCCUCACAGCAUUCCAAUCAUAUGCUGGGAACUAUCUCCGCUACACAGCCUGAAGUCUGCCAGCAGCAUGGCUUGCACCUACCCAUGCAGCACAAGGGAGUGGUGGGGCUGGACUUUCUGCCCGCUCUUCUUCCAAAUGGUGGGCUCAACUGGAAAUAACCCCCCACUGCCCAUACACCCAGAGGUCCCACCAGGAACCGGUAACCCCAUGGGCCCACAACCCUGAUAAAGGGACAAGCAACUGCUCCCACCCAGGCCUUGGGCCGAAGACACAAGUUGCAGAUGCAGAGCCCCCAUGGUCCCACACCCUGGCAGCGUGAAUUUGUCAAUAGCCCUAACAGACUGGGAAACUGGAAGGGUGAGGUGAGAGCGGAGGCUCCAUUCAUGCCCUGGCAUGGACUAUCACAGAGUCUGAAGGGACUCACACUCCAGGGAACAGGCUGAGAGCCAAAGCACUCCGGAAAGAGGUCGCACCAAAAGAAUGGGACCCAGACUCAACAGCGAACAUAAGUUACUAAAUGUUUUGGUUUAUUUAGGCCUGUUGCCCUCUAAUCUUAUUUUCCUCUGUUACCAAUAUGACGCUGUUAUGCCACUAUAAUGCCCUCUAACUAAGCUCUCUAAUAAGGCUAUUAAGGCAUGUAAGCUUACCCAAGGGCCACCUAUCGCCCUAAAGGGCCCCAGUGGUUUAAACCUGCACCACAUCUUAGAAUGACCAUUGACGUAGUCUCACUACUCACAAUUUACUUAUGCUUACCACUACUAAUCCCUGUGCCUCACAAUCUCUGGGAUGUGUAUAAUCUGCCUGUAUUUUAUUUACCUUGGUCUAGAUAGACUCUCCUGCGUCACCAGUGUUAUUGCAAAUAUAUAUUAUAAAAUUAAAACAGGACCGAUCUUGCUAAAUCUCAUAUUAAUAUAAAAUUGUGUAAGUAUUAACAUGUGCCCUACUAUUACAAAUGUUUUUGAAAAUGCAUGUGGAUUGCCUUUGGGGUACCACAAGCGCGUUGUAUUAUCUAUAUGCACUGCAAAAAUAAAGAAGAAAAAAAGAAAAAAAGAAAACACAAUAAAAAGAAAAUUGGUACAGCUUAGGUGACCAAAAGGCUUUUAUUGCUAAAAUACACAAUUUAAAACCAUAACGCGUUUAACCAUAUUUGGCUUCUUCAAAUUGAGUAAAAACAACAACCUGGCAGAGUACAAUAAGAUUAAAAUUGGUGCCUAAAAUUUAAUUAGCCAAUGAGAAAAUAGAAUUUAAGAAUAAUGUCAAACAUGAAUUAAACUCAUACAUUUAGAAUAGUACAAGAAUACAUAGUAGUAUAGCUUUAAUUCUCAUCCAAAACAAGCUUUGGAUGUCUUUAAAUUUAAUAAUAACAGUGAGACAUGUGACCUAUGAGUCACACUAGUCCUAGGAAUUAUGGGUGGUGUAGGGUAAAGUGACGGGUUGACGUCCGCCCAUAAUUCUAACAAGCCAGCCGCACACAGAAUCUGUGCGGUCGGCUGAAAGGAAAAGGUGAAAACGCAAUCAGUUCUCGUACAGCUGAUCGCGUGUAGUUCACGAUGUGUGCCGGCCGCAUACUGAGCAUGUACGGCCGGCUCAGGGGGAUGAAUGGCAAAACGCCAUGUAGUGAUUGGCGGCUUAUAGCCGCAACCACAUUCUGGAAUACUGACAUAUUGUGGUUGGCGGCAUAUAGCCGCAACCUGCAACUAAUAGGAGUAGUGGGAAAGAGGGGAGGGGGAUUGGGUUGGACAUUGGGCAGGUUACAUAUAAGUAUAUAGGUACUUAUAAUAAAACACAUACUAAACACAUUUUUUGAUGUAUGAAUACAUCCAAUAAAACAUAGUGAAAAAUAUCAAUAAUGAAAUGAACAGCCUAGUGGUAACAUAUAGUAAUUACAAGAAUAGAAGUACAGGUAUAAAUAAAUAAUAAAUAAUAAUUAAAAAAUAAAAAUGCAUAAAAUUAUAUAAAAUUGAACAAGUCGAAGUUUACAUUUAGACCCUGGGUGGUUAAUGUUUUUAGGUUAAAUACCCAUUCCAUCUCUGUUUUACCUAAAAUGUUUUGUAAUUUGCCACCUCUCCAGGGGGUGACACAUUUUUUAAAUACCAAUAAAUUUGAGUAAUCUUGUUUCGUUAUUAUGUAUACGAAAGUGUUUUGAGACUGAGUGAUUUAAGUAUCCCUUUCUUAUAUUUUUACAGUGUACACUCAGUCUGGUCUUAAGGCUUCUUGUCAUCAUGCCUACAUACUCGAGGCCACAGGGGCAGUCAAGUAGAUAAAUUACGUUUUUACUGUUACAGCUAAUAACAUCUUUAAUAGGAUAUGUUUGAUUUGUUAUGUUUGAUUUGAAUAAAGUGGUCUUUGGUGGGAUAGAUGGGUCGGUAUUUUUACCGACGAUACAUCUUUUACAUUUAUGGAAACCACUGGCAUUUGGGAAAAAGGAGGAAGGAAUAAUAGCGGAUUUGUCUUUUUUUGUAAAAUUUCUGAUUAAAAUGGACUUAAAAUUUGGGGCCCCUCUAAAAACAAUAUUGGGUCUAUCUGGUAUAAUAUUACUAAGUAUAUCAUAUUGUUUUAAAAGAUGCCAGUGUUUUUUAAUUAUUCUCUUCAGGUGGACACUUUUGUUAUUAAAAUAAAAAAUAACAGGUAAAAAUAUAUUAUUGGUAUUUGUUUUAUCCUUAUAUGUUAAAAGGUCAGUUCUUUCUUUUUUCUUAAUGAUUGCUAUAAUGUUUUUAAGAUCAAUAGAUGGGUAAUUUUUUUCAAUAAAUUUUUCUUUUAAGAGUUCAGCUUGUUUGUCAAAAUCUUGUAACUGAGAGCAAUUUCUACGGAAACACAAAUUGACUCUUUGUAGCGCUUUCUAACGACGGUUUAUAGUGACAGCUAGAUUUUACUAUUGCAGUGUUGACACAUACUUUUUAAAAAAAGGUUUUUGUAUGAAUUUGGUUGUCCUGAAUAAAAAUGUUUAGGUCUAAAAAAUUAAUGGAUGUUUGCUAAAUUCGUGAGAUAAAAUAAUGCCCCUAUUAUUGUCAUUUAAAUAAUUGAUAAAAGUAAUAAGUGGAUCUUCUGUGCCCACCCAUAAGUCACCAGGUUUGCCUGCCAAGCAUGCCCACCCAAUAUGGCACCAGACUCCCAAUCAGCUAUAAAUAAAUAGGUUGGGGCGAACUUGGUCCCCAUCGCUGUUCCUUUUUUUUUUGGAGAUAAAGAGUUGAGAAACCAAAAGUAGUUGUUGUUAAAAAUAAUGUUGAUACCUUCUAGUAUAAAAUUGAUUUGGGUUUUUGGGAUUCUAUUUUCUUAAGUUAAAAUAUUUUUUACUGCCUGACAUCCUAUGUGAUGGGGAAUGAUAGUGUAAAGGGACUGUACAUCACAUGUAACUAAAAUAAAAUUGGGUUGCCAGUUAAAAUUGUUUCAAAAACUUAAUAAUGUCAUUGAAUCUUUGAGGUAGGAUUUCAUUCGUUUCACAGAGGGUUGGAGGUGUAUAUCAAUAUAUUCAGAUAGAUUAGAUAGGAGGGAGCCAAUACCUGACACAAUUUGUCGGCCUGGAGGAUUAUUCUCAUUUUUGUGUAUUUUUGGCAGGAGGUAUAUAACAGGAUUUUUUGGGUGUUUUUCAUUAAGAUAGUUAAAUUCUUGCUUGUUUAGAAUACCGGCAUCUAGACCUUUUUUAAAAAAAAAUGAAAAUAGAUCACUUUGUGUUGGGUCAGAAGGUAAUUCUACAUAUGUUUCAAUAUCUUUCAGUUGCCUAUGAGCUUCUGCUAUAUCCAUAGUACAUGGUAACAUUACAAUACCCCCUCCUUUUUUGGCGGGUUUGAUCACUAUAUCUUUGUCUUCUUGUAACUGUUUAAGUGCAUUGCGUUCAGCGUGAGUAAGAUUAUGUGGGUCAUAUUUACUUUUAUUGAUCUUUUCAAAAUCAUUUAAAACAAGUUUUUCAAACAUAAUCAAGGGGGCAGAUUUAAAAUGGGAGGAUAAAAUUUCAACAGCAAAUAAGGAAGAUUCUAUAAACGAGAAUUGGUAUAAAAUAGAACAGAACCUGACUUCGGGAGAUAGGGAUUAUAAAACCCUUUAAUGGUCCAUAGAUAAAGAAACAAAUCAAUAUAUGAAAAACUCUAAAUCGCUGAUAGUUCAACAAAUCUUUCCCACCUGGUCUCAAUUUAAAAAAAAUAAAAAAUAAAAUAGGUCUAAAAAUGAAGAUAAUUCCUGGUAUAAAUUUAAAUAUACUAUCAAACUUAAUGACAGAUAUAAAUCUGGAAAUAUGGACCCUUAAGGGUAUGAAAAAUUUAUCUAACCUCCUGACAGGAAAUACAUUAAAAUCUUUUGAACAACUUCAAACUGAAUACGGUAUACCAUCUACCGAAUGGUUUAAUUAUAUAAGGGUAAUAUCUUUUUUAAAAAACUUUCUUGAGAUUUAAUCCUCUGGAACCACCAGUUAAGCUUCUUUCAGAAAUAUAUGAGCAACAGACUAUACUCAUUUAGCCAAUAAAUGUCAAAAACUAAUUUACAAGGCUCAGAUUAAAUCAAUUCCCUCGGCAAUUACUAAAUGGAAUUAUGAUUUGAAAAUAGAUACAACUAUGAAAGAAUGGAACAACUCCCUCAACACAUUAUAUAAAGCUUGCCACUGCUUAAAUAUACAUGAAAUUCAUUACAAGAUACUAAAUAGAUGGUACAGAACUCCUAAAAAAAUAGCAAAAAUGUAUCUUACAGCUUCCCCCAAUUGUUGGAGAUGCAUUUAAUCAAUUGCAGAUUUUAAACACAUUUGGUGUGACUGCCCGAUAAUUAGACCCCUCUGGGAGAUGACAAACCAAUAUUUAUCAACCUUAUUGGAAACAAAGUUCAAACUGACUCCAAAUAUGGUUUUAUUACAUAUAGACAUGGGGUUGAUUAAUAAAGAAUCUAGACCAAUUAUUUUUCACAUCUUAAGGGCCGUUAAAACGUCAGUAGCCAGAAACUGGAAGUCUUCCAGGGUAGAUAGCUGGUCCAAGAUUCACUCUCAAAGUAUUUUUCAGUGCAAAAUGGAAUGGGCUAUUACUAACUUUGCUCCAAAGAAGGGCCACCAAAAUGGAAUGGGCUAUUACUAACCAUUGCUCCAAAGAAGGGCCACUUUUAGUCGAACAAUUCCUUUCCAAAUUGGGAGAUUACGUCAAGCCCCUCGUCAAAUUUUCUUUUCUUUUUUUUGGGACACUGCGAACCAAACAAAUGUCUGUCUAGGUUAGUCUGUAUGUAUAUUUGGUUGUUAAGUAAGACUGCAGCAACACAGGAUAGUUAAAAUUGGGAGAUAGGAAGAUAUAUAUACAUAAAAGAAAAAGAGAUGAAAAUAAAACAAAUGAUGAUUUGGUAUUUGAUAAUGUCAACCCUGACGUAUACAAAGUAUGAAAUAACAAAUACCAUAUUCUGAUGUGAAGAGAAAAAAAGAAAAAAAAAGUUUAAAAAAUGUUGAUUUCGCUUUCAGAGUAGUAUUGAUGGUCUGCUGUUCAUCUUGUAUGAUGGGGGAAGGUAAAAGUUCUUAUUCUUUUUUAUUAUCAUUUAAAAAAUCUCUUUAACCCCUUAAGGACACAUGACAUGUGUGACAUGUCAUGAUUCCCUUUUAUUCCAGAAGUUUGGUCCUUAAGGGGUUAAAGUGGCUUUGUGAACAAAUUUGUUAAUAUUUAAAAAGGCUUCAAAAGGUUUAAAAGAAUUAGUAGGAGCAAAUUUCAGGCCUUUGUUAAGACCUGAUACUUGGGUGGCAGAUAAAAUUUUAUUAGGUUAAAAAUGCCACAGGGUUUGUCAUUGGAGGUGUUUAUUGUCUUUCUAAUCUCUCUCUUUUGUGCUCGUCUGCCACUGUGUUUGCCUCUGGGGUUAAAGUAUUUUUUUUUGGCCGUAAUGGGUAUGGUGUUUGGGCUAGUGGGUUGGGGUGAGUGCAAAAUCUCUAAAAAAAUGCUGGUCAGUGCCUGCUAGCCAGCCUCCACAUUAAUAAAGUUAAAAAAAAAAAGCCUAGGGUCAGGGCCGGCGCACACAGGAUUUUUUUCCUGGUGGGCUACUUGCCCCUGUCUGGGGCCGCAGCGCUGGGUGAGUGGCUCAUGCGCCGUUCCCAUCUCCGGACCGAUCCUCAAGGCGCCCGAAGGUGGGGGCACCGAGAGGAGCCCUGUCACAUCUGGCCACCUCAGGGUGCCCCCAAAGCAGUGCUAGGUAAGGCAGAGCAGGCACAUGCUUACCUUGAUGGCAGGUGCCUGCUCUGCCAACAUAUGCCAGUGACCUGAGGACAGGGUGAUGGAGAAGGCAUGCGGCGAGGGAGGCUGUUCUUGCAAGCACUUACUCCUCCCUUGCGCGCCCUCUGUGAUGUUGGGAGCCAGAAUAUGACGUAAUUCAGGCCCAGGCAUAUUAAACAGCGUGGAUGGACUUCAAAAAGUAAAAUUGUGUGAGUCUGUGUGUUUGUGUGUCUGUCAGUGAGUGUGUGUGUCUGUCAGUGAGUGUCCGCCUGUGUGUGUGUCUGUCAGUGAGUGAGUGUAAGUCUGUCAUUGAAUGUCUGUGUGUGUGUUUGUGUGUGUGUCUGUCAGUGAGUGUGUGUUUGUGUGUCUGUCAGUGAGUGAGUGUAUGUCUGUCAGUAACUGUGUGUGCGUCAGUAAGUGAGUGUAUGUCUGUUAGUGAGUUUCUGUUUGUGUGUGUGUGUCAGUGAGUGAAUGUGUGUCUGUCAGUGAAUGUGUUUGUCUGCCAGUGUGGGUCUGUCAGGGAGUGAGUUACAUGAGGGGGCGGCAAAAUGGAUCUUUGCCUAGGGCGGCAGAAAUCCUUUCAAAAAGACCAUGUAGCAGGGGAGGCAAUGGCGUACAUACCGCGGUCGUGGACCCCUGCGACCGGGUGCCCACCGCCAUGUGUUGCUGUUAGGACCACCCGAUGGAAAUUAAUAUCAUCAGAGUGGGCCCUGUAACAGCGCGACCGGGCCCCCUCUGAUGUCAGACGGUGGGAGGAAGUGACUGCCCUGGUCACUCCUCCCAGCAACCACCAGGAGCCGCGCAGGAGGAAGGAGAGGGAGUCAGAGUGGGAACUCUGACUCCCAUCAACCUGGGCCACUGGACCCCAGGGAAGUCACCCUCCUGUACCUAAAAGGUAGGGUGACUAAAAUAUUUUGCAUGUGUGUGUUUUUGUAUGUGUGUGUUUGUGUCUGUGUGUUUGUCUCUGUGUGUGUGUGUCUGUCUCUGUGUGUGUCUAUGUGUGCAUCUGUGUGUGUGUGUGUGUGUGUGUAUGUGUGUCUGUAUGUCUGUAUACAUGUGUGUCUGCGUGUGUGUCUAUGUAUGUGUCAGUAUCUGUGUCUGUAUGCAUGUGUGUCUGUGUGUGUGUCUAUGUGUGUGCCUGUAUGUGUCUGUUUGUGUAUGUGUGUCUGUAUGUGUGUCUAUGUAUGUAUGUGUGUGUGUGUCUAUGUAUGUGUCAGUAUCUGUGUGUGUGUGCGUCUGUAUGUAUGUGCCUGUCUGUAUGUAUGUGCCUGUAUGUAUGUAUGUGUGUGUGUCUAUCUGUAUGUUUGUAUGUAUGUGUGUCUGUAAGUAUGUAUGUGUGUCUGUGUGUAUCUCUGUGUGUGUCUGUAUGGGGUGGUGGGGGGGCCUAUGGAUCAGUUUUGCACCGUGAUAUAAUGGAUUGUGACGCCACUGCGGGGAGGACACCCAGUAAGAGUCCAACUAUGAUUCACAUUAGAGCUUAGUGUCUAUAUUGGCUCUCUUACUUGUGAUUCUCCCGUUGUCUGUGACUAUUAGUCCAUUUAGUUCCAUUUUGAUUUAUAUUAUUGUGAUUUAUAAAAUUGUGAUUUAUAAAGCGCCAACAAAUUUCGCAGCAAUGUACAAUUUCUGUUGUCCUACAUUUUUUCCAGUUUUAGACGUUUAUGAUAAGUAUAUUUUUAGUGCUCCACUUUUUUUUUCUGGUUGAUUGAUGCAAAUUCGCUUGGCCUGACCGUAUUCCAACUGAAAGUGGUUUUCGUAAAUAUAAGAAUUGCCAUUACACUUGGAAAUCAGCCAAAAUCCAGUGUUUAGUAAGUAACCCUGUAUAUGUUCUGAGAUGUUCAUCAAGUCUAAAAAUCUAGGUAGCCAAGAUACAUCCCCAAUGCUUGGGCCUUCUAGAAAGAAUUGAGGUCCUGUGAUACUAACUGCACACAGGUGAACGAUAUUAUAUACAUUUUAUGAUUUUUAAAGGCAGGUGGGUACAGUUUGCAUUAUAUAGUUACAGCAAAGUGGCAGCACACUUGUGCAAAUAAGACUCUUAGGGUAUUUUUUUGUAAUGUAAUUUGUUAUGUAAUAUAGAUGUGCUUACACAAUACAUUUUUUGUGUGGAUCAGAGACAGUAUUCUCAUUGGAUUUUAAUUUAAAAUUGUAAUUCAAUAAAAUGUGGAAAAGUCCAAGUGAAGCAGAUCCUGUUUAUCAAGGACUUUGUUAGCGUAUGAGUCAAAGAAUUCACAGUGGGCUGUUGGCCAAAGGAACCAUUUCUUUGCUGAAUCAAUCCAGUGAAUUGUAGCUACAUGUGGUAUUAAUCAUACAUUUGGCACAACACUACUAUGUUAUAUAUAAUCAUCUGUAGUUUUUGUUUGCAAAAGAAGUGAGCAGUUUACAAAGCUUGCAUGCUUUGUGGCUAAAAGAUCUGGCACAAAUUAGUAAAAAAUUUUGUUAAUGUAGAAGUCCAUGUUUUUUGUAUGUUCUUUCAAACUUAUUAUGCAAUUUUACAUCCCCGAGGUUAAAAAUGGCAUUUGCUAAGGAAUUGUGCUUAAAGAAACCUGUAAUCCACAAACAUCUCACCCCCCAUUUACACACACACACCCCCUCUUCUCUCCUAAUGUACUCCCCUCCCCUAAUUGUCUCCCCUGUUUUCUGAAAGAUCUCUUGGAGUAUCUCAGAAAUGCACAUAUUUAUUAACGUGUUAAGAAUUCCGUAGAUUACCCCAGACUGUGAGUACCAGGGCAUAAAAUAUUCAAAUGCCUUGUUAAAUGCAAUUCUUCAAAGACAAAGUAAACUGUGUGUUUUUCCUGUAAAAAUUCUUCUUCACAUUCCUCACAGACUAUAAUUUAUGGUUUACACCACCAUCAUAAAAAGGAAGUAAAGGGAUUUGAAAACGAGAUAGCAAAUUUGAAAAUAACUGAGUUGGAGACUAAAACAACAAAACACUGACCUCACAACAGUAUACCCCCACACACAAACACACAAGUUAUAGCCAAAUACAGGUUUAAAUUGCUGCUAAUUCUCACCUAUUAGAUUAAUAGCAUUGUUUCCUUGCUACAUGUGUAUAUGUAUUUGAGUGCAACUAGUACAAUGUAGAUAAGAAUUGUGCUAAUGCAUAACUGGCAACAAGCCUUUAUUCUGUCUCCUUUAUAUAGAUUUUAAAAGGACACACCUGGUUGGAAACACUAUCUAAAUAGUGGGUUGAAUUGGAACAUUCUUUAUAUUCCUAUGUUUAGCACAUUGGUGGAACUAAUGUAGAGUGGGCACUGGUGCAGGAAAUUUGUGAGAAACCAUAUCAAAUACCUUGGCAAAAUCCAAGUAGAUCACAUCCACUGCAACACCCUGAUCUAUACUUCUACUUACUUCUUCGUAGAAUGCAAUUAGGUUAGUCUGACAUGACCUAUGUUUCAUAAAACCAUGUUGAUUAUUGCUAAAAACAAAGUUUUUCCCAAUACAUUUCUGAAUAUUAUCCCUUAAUAGCCCUUCAAAUAUUUUCCCAGUCACAGAAGUUAAGCUCACAGGUCUAUAAUUUCCAGGAAAGGAUUUUGAACCCUUUUUAAAUAUAGGAACAACAUCUGCCUGCCUCUAAUCCUCUGGUACAAUACCUGAAACAAAAGAAUCUUGAAAGAUUAAAUACAGAGGUUCACUUAUUUCCCCACUUAGCUCCUUAAGUACUCAUGGGUGAAUACCGUCAGGCCCCGGAGCUUUGUUUGCAUUAAUUUUCUUUAACUGCUGUAGCACAUUGUCUCGAGUCAUCCAAUCACAAGUUAUCUGCAAGUUUUUUGCAGCAAUCAUUUGCAUAUCUCUUGCCAUAGGAUCCUCAUUAAUAUAUACUGAAGAAAAAUAGUUAUUUACAAUGCCUGUCUUUUUCUGGUCUUUAUUAACUAAAAGACCCAUCUCUGUUUCCAGUGUACCUACACUUUAACUUUUUGUUUUUUUAGAAUUGAUGUACUUGAAAACAUUUUUGGGGGUUGGUUUUGCAUUCUUAGGCUAUCAAUUUCUCAUUUGCUAGUUUAGCCACUUUAAUUGCCUUUUUGCAAGCAUUAAUGGCUUCUUUAUAUCUUAUAUAGGAUGCCUCUGAUUAGUCCGAUUUAAAUGCUUUAACCCCUUCCCAACCUUGGAUGUGCAGGGUACGUCCGACAAAAAACAGCAGUUAAUGACCUUGGACGUACCCAGCACGUCCGUGGCUAAAAUGACCCGGAUACUCACCUGUACCGGCGAUCCCAGUCCAGGGGGACUGCCCGAGAUCCCAGCAGCUUCAUCCUCUCCGGCCCUCCAGAGCCAUGUGAUCAUCGAGCUGCCAGCAGGGGGACAGCCUGAGCAAUCAGGCAGUCCCGUUGACACCUAAAAAAAAUAAAAAUAUAUAUAUAUAUAUAUAUAUAUUAUACAUAUAUUAUAAAUAUGAUUGCAUUAUAAGUGUACUUUGAGAUAUAUACACAUAUAUCUCAAAAUACACUUAUAAUGUAAUCAUAUAUAUGCAUUAUAUAUGUAUAAUAAAUUCUAAAAUGCUUUAAUUAUGUUAUAAUAUAUUCUACAUAUAUAGGAAAUAAAAACAAGUACGUGUGUGUGUGUGUAUAUAUAUAUAUAUAUAUAUAUAUAAAAUGAAAAAAUCUUGCACUUCAUCAAUAACAAAAUUUAUGAAAUGCCCGGUGCUUGUCAGCCAAAAAUACAAAAGUAUUUUUUAUCAGUAUGCUGAUGAAAGCUUGAGGAGAUCAAGCUGAAACGUUGACAUGGUGACACGGUUGAUAUGUGCCUUUUGUGUGUGAAAAAUGCUAAAAACUUCACUUUGACUGACAAUAUCAUCGCUGUGAUAUGUUUUUUGGUUUUGAAACACUAAUAUUUGUGUUUAGCAAAGUCUCCUGCGCAAAACAGAACACCCCAUGUACAGGUUUUAGGGUGUGUUGGAAAGAGACAGGGUCAAUAUAGGGCUUGCCCAUUUUAGUUUGCCAGAUUGAGACCAUAUGGUAGCCCAGGAAUGUGAAUUAACCUCAUCAUGGCAUACCAUUUUCAAAUGUAGACAAAUCAGGGUAUUCAAAAUGAGGUAUUUCCAGUCUUUUGUAGUAGCCACUUAGUCACAAACACUGGCCAAAGUUAGCGUUUUUAUUUGUUUUUUUAAACAGAAACUGCACUUUCACUGACGAUAUCAUUGCUGUGAUAUGUUUUACUGUUUUGAAAUACUCAUAUCUGUGUUCAGCGAAGUCUCCCAUGUACUGGUUUUAUGGUGUUUUUGAAAGUUACAUGGUCAAAUAUAAGUGGCUACUACAAAAGACUGGACAUACCCAAUUUUGAAUACCCUGGGCUGUCUACUUUUUCAAAUGGUAUGUCAUGGUGGGGUUUAUUUUCAUUUCUGGGCUGCCAUACCAUCUCAAAGGCAACAUAGCCAAUCUGGCAAAUAGCAAUUUCCAAAAAACGAAAUUGGCAAAUCUUAUGUUUGACUCUGUAACUUUCCAAAUCCCCACAAAACCUAUACUUGUGGGGUACUGUUGUAGUCGUGAGAUAUUAAUCUACACAAAUAUGAGUGUUUUAGAGCAGUAAAAUGUAUUAUACUUAUAAUCUGUGAAAUGGAAGUUUAUGUGUCAAAAAUGUAAAAAAACUAACAUAAAAGCUAAUUUUGGCCAGGGUUUGUGACUAAGUGGCUACUAAAAAAGAGUGGACAUACCCCAUUUUGAAUACCGUGGGUUGUCUACUUUAAAAAAAUAUAUGGUUUGAUGGGGGUAAAUUACAUUGGCCAGCUUCAAAAUUUCCCAAAUAGGACAUGGGUGCAUGAUGACCAGCUGUGAAAAUUCCAAGUUGGAAAACUGGAAUGCGCACCCUCCAAAUAAGGUCUUUUAGCCCCCAGAGAACCUGACACACCUAUACAUAGGUGGUAUCACUGUACUCAGGAGAUGUUGCUGAACACAUAUUGGGGUGUUCUUUGGCACUAACCCUUAAAGUUCUCAGUACAUGUAUUCUUAAAUUGCUAUGUGUCUCAAGAAAAUCACCAAUUAUUGUUAUUUUUUUUAAUUUAGCAUAGAUUGGUGGUAAAAUGGUUGCAUGAAAAGAGUCAAAAUACCCCAAGUUUAAUACCUUAGGUUGUCUUCUUUUAAAAAAUAUAUACAAGUAAAGGGUUAUUCAGGGAUUCCUGACAGAUAUCAGUGUUACAAUGUAACUUGUGUUAAUUUUAUAGAAAAAAUGGUUGGAAAUAGCAAAGUGCUACUUGUACUUAUUGCCCUAUAACGUGCAACAAAAAGCUAAGAACAUGUUAAUAUUGGGUAUUUCUAAACUCAGGGCAAAAUUUAGAAACCAUUUACCGCAGGUGUUUUUUGGCGGUUGUAGAUGUGUAACAGAUUUUGGGGGUCAAAUUUAGAAAAAGUAUGUUUCUUUUUAUUUUUUCAUCAUAUUUUAAAAUUUUCUUAAUGGUAAAUUAUAUGAUAUGAUGAAAAUAAGGGUAUCUUUAGAACGACCAUUUAAUGGUGAGAAAAAUGGCAUAUAAUAUGUGUGGGUACAGUAAAUGAGUAAGAGGAAAAUUACAGCUAAACACAAACACCACAGAAAUCUAAAAACAGCCCUGGUCCCAAACGGUAAAAGAAAUUGAAAAGCAGUCUGGUCACUAAGGGGUUAAAUGCACUUUUCUUAUUUUUAAUCUCUUGUUUUACUUCUCUACUAAGCCACAUUGGUCUCAAUUUGUUUAUUUUAUAUUUAUUACCCAAUGGUAAUGGUAUUUGUUUGAAGAGUUUCCAUUUAUCCUCAUUGUUUUUUUCAUUAAGGAGUUUAUGCCAGUUGAUAUGUUGUAGAGCUGCCCUAAUCUAAUUGAAAAUGUUGUUUUUUUUAAAUUAUACGUUUUAGUAUACCCCACGUGCUUUUGCUUUUUUGAGUUCAUUUCAAAAGUUACCAUAUUGUAAUCACUAUUUUCUAAAUACUCCCCUACUUGAAAGCUGGUCAAAAGCAGGGCAAACUAGGCGGCCGCCUAGGGCGCUGUUUAAGGGGGGGCCCUGACAAGUUAGAUUAUUUUUGAGUAUGCCACAGGCCAUUUUACCGUGCGUUCUGAAGCACUUACAUUGCUGCUCACUAGCGCCCGGUAGAACACAGGUCCGGCGGCAUACAGAUCAGCUCGCUCAGCCAGGCCUCCCCUCCCAGGCAUGCAUUGCGGCAGCACACGGGCGCUUCACUUCCUCACUCCCGCCCCUUCCACUGGAUGUGGGGAGAAGUGGGCGGGAGCAUAAUGUGCAGAGAAAGGGCAGCCAGGAGCAGGGAGUGAACAGUAAUGAAGGUAAGGUAUGUCAGAGAAUGUGUGUUAGUCUGCUUCAGUCAGUAUGUUUAUGUAUGUCAGUGUGUCUAUCUGUAUGGGUCUGUAUGGGUCAAUGUGUGUCUGUAUGGGUCAGUGUGUCUGCAUGGGUCAAUGUCUGUCUGUAUGGGUCAGUGUGUGUGUCUGCAUGGGUCAUUGUGUCUGUAUGUGUGUGUCUGCAUGGGUCAGUGUGUGUAUAGGAGUCUGUGUUCGUCAGUCUACAUCGGUUAGUGCUUGUGUGUCAGUUUGCAUGGUCAAUGUGUGUCUACUUGAGUCAGCGUGUGUGUUAGUCUGCAUGAUUGAGUGAAGCAAAUGGGGUGGCAAAUUUGUUUUCGCCUAGGGCACCAAAAAUGCUUGCACAGGCCCUGGUCAAAAGAUCAACAUUGUUUGUUAUAACUAGAUCCAGACAAGCUUCCUUUCAAGUAGGUGCUUGUACCAGUUGUGACAUAAAGGUUAACACAUUCAAAAACCUGGUUUCCCUUGCUGAAGUGUAGUACUUGUGUGUAGUGUUUGCGUUUGAUUGCAAGGGUGUGUUAGUAUGUAAUGUUGGUUUUUAAAUGCAGUUGUGCUUUUGUGUGUAGAGUUUGGGUUUCUGUUUAAUUUUAGCAUUUUAAUACUUGGGUGUGUUUAUGUAAUGUUUGCAUUUGCACGCAGUGGUGUGUUUGGAUGUGGUGUUCGCUUUUAAAUGCGGAUGUACAUUUGUGUUUAGUAUUAGUCUUUAAGUGAAGGAGUGUGUUUGUAUAUAAAAUUUGGAGUUUAAAUUUAGGAGUGUGUUUGUAUGUAAUGUUUGUAUUUGAUUGCUGGGAUGUAUGCACAUACACUGCCACAUACAUACAUACUUACACAAGUACACACAGAAAACACACUCACACAUACACACACACUCAGAUACACACACAGAUAACAGACCCUUUUAAUAUAAAAAUUCAUAUCACUGUAGUUAACUAUAUCCUGGAACUGAGCGCACCCAUCUUUUAGAAACAUAGAAACAUAGAAUGACGGCAGAUAAAAACCAUUCGGCCCAUCUAGACUGCCCAAUUUUCUAAAUACUUUCAUUAGUCCCUGGCCUUUAUGCCUAUCCCACGCAUGCUUAAACUCCUUUACUGUGUUAACCUCUACCACUUCAGCUGGAAGGCUAUUCCAUGCAUCCACUACCCUCUCAGUAAAGUAAUACUUCCAGAUAUUAUUUUUAAACCUUUGUCCCUCUAAUUUAAGACUAUGUCCUCUUGUUGUGGUAGUUUUUCUUCUUUUAAAUAUAGUCUCCUCCUAAUACAGUCUCCAAGAUUAACAUCUUGGCUCCAUGUAAAUCAUUGUUAUAAAAAGCACACUCGGUAGUCGAUCUAAUGAACCUGAGGGACAUUGUACCCAGACCCCUUCAUUGAGCUGAAGUGGUCUGGGUGACUGUAGUGUCCCUUUAAGAUUUAAAAUCCAGCCCCAUCAUUCAAUUACUGAGUUCAGUUCUAUUAUAAAUUAGGAAAUGCUGCAAUAUUAAUAUUCAUGAAAAGUAAUUAUGUUUGUUUCAAUGUAUGUCAGGACAGAGCCUCACUUACAUCUUCCUAAAUAUGCUAUCUCUGCUAUAUAUCACCUACCAACAGAAGAUCCAGUACAUACCAUUCUGUACUCGUUGGUUAGCUUAUUCUAGUUGUGUGCAUUUAUAUAUAACUAGCAUUCCGUUACAUAUGACCUAAGUGAAUUAACUCAUUAUUUGCCGUAAUGCUAGUAAGAAUUCAAUGAAUUACAUUUUUGUAUGCUUCUAAAAUGAAUAGGUUUAAAUGAUCUGAUCAUCGUGUCUUUCAGUAACUCUUUCUGUAUUUAUUAUUAGUGCAUAUUCAUUUAAAGUUUGGCUAUGAAUAAGGGUGGUAAAGGCUGAAUAGGUAUAGUAAAGAUGACAUUUUUAGGACAGCCUUGUGCAUGGGUUAAUCUAUGCUCAUUUUAUAAGGGGUUAAUACAAAAAAAAUGAGAAAUAUUGUCCCAUUAGAUCCUCAAAAAGAAAGUAAGGUAACUACAUAAAAGAUAGAAAAAAAAAGAAAAACAUGCAUGUUUUAGCCACUGUUCCCUGACCAGUGGGUGAGAAUAAUAUUUAGUCUUCAACUCAAACAAAUAAAGUGAAAUUCUUAAAUACUUUUACUUAAUGCUUGAAAACAUAUUCUGAAAUGCAAGUUUAUAGUGUGUGCUUUCACCAAAUCUUAAUAAAUAUUAUCUAAACCCACGGUUUAUAAAGCUGACAUCUGCAACUAUGUGUGCUAUCUUAAUGCCAAAAAAUGUCACGAAAUGAAAAAGUGUUUAUAUUUUAUGGAGUGGAUAUAUCUCUCUGUGUAUGCGUUAAUCCACACAUUCUGAUGUGGACCCCACACAAAUUCCAGGAGCAAGACUAUUGUAGAAGGUUGCCAUGGGAAUCUAUUUGAAACUUAAUUUAGUUAAGAACAUCUAAUUAUUCACAUAUUAUAAAGUAAGCAUGAGUAAAAUAAAUGUUAGAUGUUGCCAGUGGUCAUUUAUUUUCAUUCUAUGUUUUAUAGACUAAGAUACCAAUAAACACCUAAUACAGCAACAAAAAGAAUUCUUUCAUAAAAGGAAUGGAAGAUUCUUACUCCCAAAUGGACACGGGAUAAUGGAGGAUUAAUUACAAAGUAUGCAAAAAUAAAUUUACUUCUUAAAGGGACUAACAUGUAUUCCUGACCCUACAAUGUUAAAAACACAAGUAGGGUCCCUGGCCCCCCUUUGCCCUUCAAUAAGUGAGAAAACUCACUGUUUUUCCACCGUCACAUGUUCUGCUUGAGCUGGCCUGUGACAAAUUGCCUUUUGUCACUGGAUUUUUAUGUGACAAACUGCCCUUUGCCCCUGGCUGUUGGAGGAACCUGAUUGCCAGCCUCCUGCCUCAUGACUAUGGCCCUGGGUUGUAUGGCCCUUUAAAGACAUUAUUUGGGCAUAUGGGAUUGUAACACACUUUUUCUGCCCCUUUGAUUCCAUGGGAGAAUGUGCCUCUUCCCCUCCCCCUGUUUCCUGUCCCAUUGUUCUCCAGCAGGGCGUUGUCUCAGGGACACUGCCAGACCAGUUUAAACUGGCUGCUUGCAAAACUUUAACCCCAAAUUUACUCUGUUCGUGGGAUCUGAGCACUGUUCACCUAUAUUGGGCGCUCAGAAAUGUGGGGGUUCUGUGUAAUAUAAUAGGAAUUAUGUAUUUUUAUGUAUUUUUACUGUUAGUGUAAAAUGGAGAUAUUUUCUGUACCUGGAGAUAAUUGAGUUUACUGCAGUACCUUAAGCCAAUUAUCUCCAGGAUAGAGGGGAGGGAUUUUACUGUGUAUGUUGGAGUGUUUUUUUGUUAAUAUGUGUUCCCAUUGGUUUGUGUCCCUUUUGUCACAGUUUGCCACCAGGUCCAGGGGGUGUGCCUCUGGCCUGAAAACGUGUAUAAAAGACAGUCCUUUUGUGUGCAUUAAAGCAUAUCUAGUGACUGUCAGAGAAGUGGCCACUAGAGGUGUUCCUAGGAUGUAAUGUAAACUCUUUUCUUUGAACAUUAAGCUGUAGUUGUUCUGGUGACUUUAGUGUCCCUUUAAAUAUAAUGUUUAAAAUAAAAAUAAUAAAAAGAAGAACAAGCAAAAACAAUGUCAUCAACAAAUAAGCAACUUGUAGGUGUGAAACAUAUCUAGCAUUGUAAACGUGUUUCCCCCUUUACAUAUUUGUGUUCCAAAGUGUUAUGCUACUAGGGUUUUUAGAAUUGGAACUCAACUGCAGCUUGUAGAACUCCUUAAUUACAAUAGUGAAGAAACGGAAAAUCUUUAAAUUAUCAAUACUGUAGCUUUAAGAAAAGAGAGGAUUGCUGGCAAUUUGAGAAUCAAACAAAGUUUUAAUGAUUGAUAAACUUAAAUGAAUUGCAUAUAGGCAAUAAUCCAAUAAGAAGAAAGUGCAGGUUAUCAAACAAUACAAAGUUCAUUAAUAAGUAUUUCCUCAGAAAAGGGUCUGUCUUCCCUCAAAACAAAUUCAUCUCAAUAAAGUUAUUAUAAGAUGCUGUCUUACCUUAAGGUGCUAAACUGUUUGAAAAUAGUCACCAUACAGAGCAGAGAACAUAAGCAUUGAGCAGCACUGGGUGACGUUGAUUGUUAGAGUACAACAGCCUGUCACUGGACGUCAAUUAUGAGUACUGUACGUAUUUUCUACUCACAGUGUUUGACCAGUGAUAGGCUGGAACCAUCAUCUGAUGCUCCCAUCCAAUCACCAGUACCCAAUCCUCCCCUUCUCUGCUCAGUAGAGAAUGGAAAUAAAAAAGUGUAGAUGACACUGAGAGGCAUUUUGGGUGUUAAGCCAUUUCAAAACGGUUUAAAUCCUUAGGCUAAGAUAGCACCCAUGGACUCGAGCUCCAAAAUGAUAUUAUGUUUAUUUAAAGGGUAAAGAGUCUCAUUAAGUAUUAUCAUGUUAAAGUUAAAUAUAUAUAUAUAUAUAUAUAUAUAUAUAUAUAUAUUAUGUAAGAAUGUUUUUCAUUAUACAUUCAGGUUCUUCCCACUUGUUGAUUUUGUAAAACAUUUUUAAACUCCUUAAACUUAUUUGUAAUCCAGUGACAGUACAGUUUCCUCUGUGCAGCCACUCUUCCCAUAAUUAGAUCAUGGGGAUCGAUGAGCUCUGGUCUAAUCCAGUGCUACUCAUAGAGAAGCUUUAUAGACCUACUUGAAUGGCAAUCACCACACUCCAGAAAUUUCUCUGAGAAGCAUUAGCGAAUGUGAAAACCUUCAAAGAUCUUAGGGAGUCAGUACCUCUAAUGGAAUGUAAUCUGACAACCAUUAAGAAGAUGGCGGUAGACUUGAGGAACAGAUCCAAGUAGGUAUAACUCACGUUUCCCUGCACCCCUCAGCCACCGCAUUGCCAGUUGGUCAGUCACCGUCGAGGGUCUUUGCAAAUCAUGCAAAGACCCGUCCUAGAUAGUAACAUGACUGCUUAACCAGAUCUAGUGGGUUUAGAUCCUAGAGUGUCCCUUUAAAAUGAUCCUAUGGGAUUCAUGUUUUAUUAUGUAAGUCAGUUUGACCUGUUAUUUCAUCUUGAAUACCUUUAAUAAUGUCUUGAGUUACGGUGAUGGUAAAUAUAUAUAUUAGACCAGAUUGUUCAUAUUCCCCUCUGGACAGACAGACAUACAAUCUGCCUGCUGGCACACUGCUUUAAAGAUGCUGCCAAGUAUUCUGCACACUGCAUUAGAUAAUGUGACAGAUUUAUCAAAAGCAUCUGAUCUAGCAUUCUUGGUUGAAUCAUGCAAGGAAAACACUCCAAUUACAAAGGCUGUGAGUAGACAUGGUUUACAAACAGAUACCAGUUAAAUAAACAACAUGAAAACUAUUUAAUAUAAGUUUCAUCUGCAUAACAAACAUAUAAUAAAACUCUCUGCAUAUUUAUUAAUAUGGUCGAAUGUCCUUUCUCUCUGUUUGUUUAAUCCACAUUAUAUUGAUGCUCUAAAUCAGUAGCUUGCUAUUCAGCUUCCUGUAAUAUAUUCCUGCAAGAUAUUUUUCAAGAUAAACAUUGCUGGGAUUGAGUUAGUACAGUCAGCAGAAAGACUCCUUUGGCUGUCAAUACAAAAGAUCAUGUUACUUCUUGGUUCUUUAGCUCAGAGCUAAACUCAAGAGUUAGGCAAUUGCUCAAAAACACCUGCCUUGCUAAGACUUCGUAUUGAGUUGCAUUGGGACGUCUGUGAUUGGACAGUCACAGAAAGUCUAGGCUGGGGAAGAAGGGGAGGGAUUGCAAAGGCUGUAGACAAGAGACCUGCAGCUUUUAAAAACAGCUACAAAAUAAUGAUUGAAAUUUUUUUUAUUGUUUAUAUGAGCAGUGGUGUGUCCCUUUAUUCAUGAACCAUAAGUUAUGUAAGAUAACAUUGGUAUUUAAGGAAAACCAAAAUGCACCCUCCAAUUAUUAAUAAUGAACAUAUCCUAAAUUACAUCAACAUAAAAGCACCACAUAUAAGUACAAAACAAGUGGGUGCCUGACAACAUAUAAUAAUAAAUAUAGAUAUCACAAAAAACCUAAAGAGUCACCAAAUAUCAUAUCUAUUAAGAAUACUUUCCUUCCCCGAUUCUCAGUACCUGGGUGCCUCCAUUUUGUCCUCCUCUGUCCAUAUCUGCAGUUUAUCCCUUUGGGAUUCUUUUGACUGAUGGACUAUGGGUAAAUUAGGGAAGCAACUAAAAUGGAACUUUAUUGCCCAAAAAUCCCAAAGAACACUCUUCCCAUAAAAAAUGGUCCCUUUUUUUCUUAGGUGUAAGUACAAAAAUAAGGUUCAUUUAAAAAAAUGAGCAUUUGAUUUAAAUGAUCUUGAAGUCAACACAUUACUUUACUAUAUUAUGCAAAUGUUUCCUCUGAUGAUGCCAUCCACCUGCUUCUAAAUUAAAUAAUACACAUCUUGUGUUCCCUCAUUCUAUCAGAAACAUUUACGAAAAACGUAUUUCUUUACAUUUGGAAAUGAGAUACUGUAAUGUUUAGCAGAAUAUAGUUUCUGGCUAAGAGUGGGCAAUUCUUGUUUUAGGAUCUUUCCUAUAAGGAUCGGCACUGGCAUGAGUCCUGCUUCCACUGUUUUCAGUGCAAACGCUCUCUGGUGGACAAGCCCUUUGCUGCUAAAGAUGAACACCUAAUCUGUACUGAGUGCUAUUCCAAUGAGUAUUCAUCCAAGUGCACCGAGUGCAAGAAAACCAUUAUGCCAGGUAAGCAGAUGCCAUGUGCUGCGAAGUACACAUCAUUUUUUGUGGUCUAAUGUUUUUUUACAUUUAUCAGCAAAAUUACUCUAAAAAUAACUAUGUGGAAUUGUCUGUGAAUUUCACAUUUUAGGCCAAAUAUAGAACGUUUGUCUGCUUUGGUCUAGAAUUUUAAAAAAUCCACUUUUAUGUCCCAGUAAUUUUCAUUGCAAUGAAUAACUGAGUGAUUUCUAUUCAGGUAAUUUCAACAUAGAAUUGAAUAAAGCUUUUGUAAUAUAUUUAAGCUAUUGUAUUAGGUAUGAAGAUAAUAAAUGAAUGAGAUAUAAAAUAAUGUACCAUGUUUCAUUUAUAAAGUAUAUAAUUACAUACACUAGAUAGAUUGAUAUGCUGUGCAUGUUAUAUUUGAUGCAUGCCUCCCAAAUACCCCACUUCCAGUGGGACAAUCCUGAUUUUGGAGUCCUUUUCCCACUGUCCCACCAUUCUGCUAUAGUUAGAACUGUUCCUGGGUAGCACAGCGUGAGCACAGCAGACACUAAGACCAUUAGGAAGGAGCUUUAGCAGUCCUUACUGAAUGUUUCCGUCAGUAAGAGGCUGGCCAAACAGGCUGUCAUGCCACAUCAAUGGGCUGUCACCCCUUUUCCAGGUGGACCUGCAAAUUAUGGGUAUCACCUCCCAUCUCGACUGCUUACCUUCCAAUAUUGAGAAGUAAGUUAGAUGUAAUUAACAAUGUGCAAAAUGCAGAUACUUGGUAGGCUGAAUGGGGAAGCAGUGCCUCCCUAGCUGGAUGUAAGAGGGUAAGGGAUGGAAUUUAGGCACCAUAGAUUUCAUUGACAAAUGAGGAAUUAAGGUGGUUCUAAUGCCAAAAAUAAUCAGGGUUUUGCAAUAAAGUGGAUUUCAAAUAUAAGGCCAAAAUUGCCAAACUGGAAAAAGUCUUCAAAACAGCUAUGCUUCCAGUUUCGGCAAUUUUGGCCUUAAAUUUGAAACUCACUUUGCAUUUUCACUUUAUUGAAUAACCCUGAUAGUUUCUUUUCGGUGUUAGAGACACUUUAAUUCCUCAGCUGUCAAUGAAAUUUCAGUUGCCUAAAUUCCAUCACCUACCCUCUUACAUCCAGCUUGGGAGCCACCCCAUCCCUGUGUAGCCACUCAAGUAUCUGCAUUUAAUAAAUUAAAUAAAUCAAACUUAUCAAGCAUUGCUGACUUAAGAAUUUUUCCAGUUUUGUAAUUUUGAAAUUAAAUUUGAAAUUCACUUUGAAUUCACCUUGAAUUCUUACUUUAGUGAAUAACCUUGUGUACCUAAUCUCCUUUCAUAUUGAGGCCUGAAUCUCUCUUAAUUUUUUUCCAAGUGCUCUAGUGUUUAGGAAAUGCAUUAAGAAUUGUGGUGAAGCGUUUCCUUAUGUACCUGUCAUUUUAACAAAACUGGACAAUGGGCAGAGCAUUGUCACUCCCACCCCGCAAAAUGAGCAUUCCAUAAAGAUGAAAUAUUUAUGAAAUACUCCUAUUGACCAUGUAAGUAUUUCAAAAGAUAUACUUAGUAGAGACUAGUUUGUCUCAGUAUUCUUCCUACUCCUGAGUCAGAGACACUGCUAGACACCGGGCGGAGCUACAGCUACAUAGAAGUAGCAAUCCCCCAGCUGUUGCCAUUGCAUGACUUCUUGCACCAUAACCAUUAAAAUAUGAUAUAAAAAUAUGGGCUCCCAGUACAAUAAAACUUUACUAUAAUCUAGACCUUUGAAGUGUACUAAUCAAUUCAUUGUUCAGAACUAGUUUACUCUGGUGCAUGGUAUUGACCAUUUUUGAUGUUUUAUUGGUCUUCAAAUCCUGACAAGAAUUCUUCACAUCCCAUUGUUCUCACGAGCAUUUAAUAAAGACUGCAUGUUGUACAGAUCAUUCAGUAACUUUUAUCCAGGUCUACUCAUGACUGACUUAUUUUUGCCCAUACCCUAUUUAUUUUUCAUUCCAAAUAGGUUUUAUCAAACAUUUUCAUUUUUUAUUUCUCAUUCUGAUAUGUCCACAAAGCCUUUUCUUUUUGGUUCUAGUUGGAACCCAGUAGUACAUAGGGUGUUUAAUCUGGCUGCAGAGACCAGAGCAUGUGAUAGUUACAGUUGUGCUCAAAAGUUUGCAUACCCUUGGAGAAUUGGUAAUAUAUUUAGCAGGGCCCUCCACCUCUCUGUUCCCGUACGUCCAGUUGUCAGGUUUCAAUUACAUGUCUGUAAGUCCACCCAUUGUACAGCGCUACGGAAUCUGAUGGCGCUAUAUAAAUAAUAAAAUAAUAAUAAUAAUACAAUUUUUAAAGAAAACAUGAGUGAGAAGGCAAAACACAUUUCUUUUAUUUCUUAUGGGAUUCAUAUUCAACUGUAGGUUAUAACAGAAUAUCACAAUCAUAAAAGAAAACAUGGCAACAAAGAAAAAAAUUAAAUGACCACUGUUGAAAAGCCUGCAUAUCCUUAGUUCUUAAUACUGUGUAUCGCCCCCUUUAGCAUCAAUGACAGUGUGCAGUCUUUUGUAAUAGUCUAUGAGGCCCCUUAUUCUUCCUAAAGCUGCCCAUUCAUCUUGGCAAAAUGCCUCCAGGUCAUGCAAAGUCUUUGGUCGUGUUGCAUGAACUGCAGGUUUGAGAUCUCCCCAGAAUAGCUCCAUGAUAUUAAGGUUAGGAGACUGUGAUGGCCACUCCAGAACCUUCACCUUUUUCUGCUGUAACCACUGGAGGGUCAACUUGGCCUUGUGCUUAGGGUCAUUGUCAUGCUGGAAAGUCCAAGAGCGUCCCAUGUGCAGUCUUCGUACAGAAGAAUGCAAAUUGUCUGCCAGUAUUUUCUGAUAAGAUCCUGCAUUCAUCUUGUCAUCAAUUUUCACAAAAUUCCCUGUGCCUUUAGAGCUCACACAACCCCAGAUUAUCAGUGAGCCACCACCAUGCUUCACAGUGGGGAUGGUAUUCUUUUCACUAUAUGCCUUUGGGACCCCUCUCCAAACAUAGUGGUUAUGGUUGUGACCAUAAAGCUCUAUUUUGGUCUCAUCACUUCAAAUUACAGUGUGCCAGAAGCUGUAAGGUAUCAAGCUGUUGUCGGGCAUAUUGUAACUGGGCUUUUUUCUGGCAACUCGACCAUGCAGUUCAUUUUUGUGCAAGCAUCGUCGUAUUGUGCUCCUUGAAACAACCAGACUCUCUUUCCAGAGCAACCUGUAUUUCUCCUGAGGUUUCCUGUGGCUUUUUCUUUGUAUCCAGAACAAUUCUUCUGUCAGUUUUGGCUGAAAUCUUUCUUGGUCUACCUGAACUUGAAUUCAUAUCAAGAGAUCCCUGAAUUUUCAACUUCUUAAUAAGUGAUUUAACAGUACUGACUGCCAUUUUCAAGGCUUUGGACAUGUUUUUAUAUCGUUUCCAUCUUUAUAAAGUUCCAUUACCUUGUUAAGCAGGUCUUUUGACAGUUCUUUUCUGCUCCCCAUGGCUCAGUAUCUAGCCUGCUCAGUGCAUCCACAUGAGAACUAUCAAACUCAUUGACUAUUUAGACACAGACACUAAUUGCAAUUUAAAAAGCCACAGCUUUGGGAAAUUAACCUUUAUUUGCCAUUUUAACCUGUGUGUUUUACCUUAUGUGUCUGUAACAAGGCCAAACAUUCAAGGGUAUGUAAACUCUUGAUCAGGGCCAUUUGGGUGAUUUCUGUUAUCAUUAUUAUAUAAAAAGGAGCCAAACAACUGUGAUAAUAAAUGGCUUCAUAUGAUUUACUAUCCUUCAAUAAAAGAUUUUUUUUUUUUUGCAUGAUCAGUCAUAUUUUCAAAACUUCUACCAGGGUAUGCAAACGUUUGAGCACAACUGUAUAAACUAUGGACAUUAUUAUGGAAUUAGUAGUUAGACAUGACAUGUUCAUGUAUGAUUCUUGACAAAACAUCUUUACAGACGGAAGUAUUUUGUUUUGUGGAUCUAGUAAAAGUGAUAAUUUUUUCAAUAUCUAUACUUGCAUCAUGAAAUAGCUUCCAAAUUGUAAGGUCCAUGCUCUGUAUGGACAGAGACAUCAGACAUACCGUAUUUAUCGGCGUAUAACACGCACUUUUUCUCCCUGAAAAUAGGGGGCAAAUUAUGGGUGUGUGUUAUACGCCGGCCCUUUAAAUGCUGCAGCCGCCUGAGCGCUCUGUCAAGAGCGGUCAGGCGGCUGCAGUUGGUUCUCACCUCCCAUGUAGCUUGGCUGAGCUGCUCUGCUGUCCGCAGUGCCCGGCCGGAGUGAUAGGAAGGUGCACUGAGCGUGCACCUUCCUAUCACUCCGGCCGGCCACCGCGGACAGCAGAGCAGCUCGGCCACGCUACAGGGGAUGGGGUAAAAAGAGAGUGGAGGGGGAGUAAGAAGAGGGGGGGGUAAGAAGGGGGGUAAAUAGGGGAGGGAGUAAGAAAGGGGAUAAGAAGAUAAGAAGAGGAGGAAGGGGGUAGGGGUAGGGGAGUAAGAAAGGGGUAAGAAGGGGAGGGGAGUAGAAGGGGUAAGAGGGAGGGAAGUAAGAAGAGAGGGAGGGGGAGUAAGAAGGGGGUGAGGGGGGAGGGGGUAGAAGGGGGAAGGGGAGUAAGAAGGGGGUAAGAGGGGAGGGGGAAGUAAGAAGAGGGGUAGGGGAGAGUAAGAAAGGGAGGUAAGAAGAAGGGGGAGGGGGGAGUAAGAAAGGGGGGUAAGAAGAGGGGGAGGGGGGAGUAAGAAGGGGGUAAGAAGUUCUUUAUUUGAAAUUUAAGGGUUUUUUUCCUGAAAUUUCCUUCUUAAAAUGCGGUGCGUGUUAUACACCGAUAAAUACGGUACUUUAUAAACAGGAAUUGAAUGAUCACUGCUGAGCUAAAAUAAAUCAAUCUCCCUGUGUCUGUAAGUGUCAAGCAGUUCCCAAAGACUCCUCUGCCCACAUUCUCAGAUUGCAUUGGGUUUGUGCAUUUACAUUGUGUGUGUCUUAUUUAUAUUCCUGACAGGUUUGACUUCUCUGUAUGGUGAAAAAGAAAACUAUUGUUUGCAUCAGGAGUUUGCAAAAUGUGUGGUUUCCAAUGUUUCUUUCUGGUCUUUAGUGUAUCACGGUAUAAGAGGCUUAAAGAAUAACACUGUUUAUUAAAAUGAUAUAUUUUUCAUUGCUUUCCUAUCUUUUGCUUCUUUAAUAAAAGUGCAAGAUUAGUGGCACCAACACAACAAACUUGUGGCCUUAUAUUUAUGCUGUGAUUGACUCAAAAUUCUAAUUUCUUUGGUUUUGUUUACAAAAGAAAGAAAAGUUUUGCUGCCUCCACCCCCUCUCUCUUCCCAGCAAUUUUUCAUAAAAUGUUUUCCUGAUUGGAUGGUACGCAGUACAGCUCAGCCAAUGAGAGAUCAAUGUGAGCUGAGCUGCCGACGUGCAUCUACAGUCAAUGACUGUUCUUUUAUUCUUUGAUCCCUUUCCUCUUAGCACUGUGUCUGCUUUGAAAUCUUUUUCUUUGAUUUAGUCUAGAACAUCAUAAUUUUGGCCCAAGAUUUAUUUAUAUUUUAUGAAUAAUUAAUUUUUGCAUUGAUGUUCUGGUGGUAGUGUCCUUUUUUCAAUACAGGUUUUUAUUAACCAGUAUAGCAAUAAACACAAGGAGGGAGAAGAAAUAGUUAGGGAGAGGUUGACAAGAUUAAUUUGGCAUUUAAAAAAAAUGUUUAAAGACCAACAAUUAUUCAAGUGUUUGGCUGAUCCAGAAAGAACAUUUUCUGAAUAUAACUCAGCUGCAAAAAAAGAGUUUUUUUUAGGAGAUUGCGAGGGGAAAAAAUGAAAUCAUCAGCCUAAUGGAAAUUGCCAUUUUUAUUUGUGACAGCUCUUAUUAAUCAUUCAUUUAUAUUGUUCCAAUUGAUUCUGUAGUACUUUAUGAUGGUCUAAAAAUUAUGGAGUCUAAAAAUUUGGGGAAUUUGAUUGAAACAGAUAAUUACCGUGCAUUAUACAUCAUUUUGUAAUUGGAUUUAAUGCUAGGCGGGACAGUCUUUUUAAAAGCCUCUAAUUAUUGUGUUUUAAUUCUAAUUAUUGUGUUUUAAUUCUAAUGCAGGGACGCGCAAGAUGGAGUACAAAGGAAACAGCUGGCAUGAGACUUGCUUCAGCUGUUUCCGCUGCCAGCAGCCAAUAGGAACAAAAAGCUUCAUCCCCAAAGAUAACCAGAAUUUCUGUGUACCGUGUUAUGAGAAGCAAUUUGCAAUGCACUGCGUUCAGUGCAAGAAGGUGGGUACCAAGGAUAGUUAAAUUAAUAAUACAAACAAUUUCAGGAUUAAUGGAGUUACAGCGGCUAGUUGUACAUUUGCCAAUCUCUACUGUAUUGUCUUACAGGCGAUUACUACUGGUGGUGUCACCUACCGAGAUCAGCCCUGGCACAAGGAAUGCUUUAUAUGUACAGGCUGCAAAAAGCCUUUAUCUGGUCAACGCUUCACUUCUCGGGAUGAGUUUGCCUAUUGCUUGAAUUGUUUCUGCAACCUCUAUGCCAAGAAAUGCGCCGGCUGCAGCAGUCCCAUAAGUGGUAUGUACUCUCUGAUCUGGUUCAUCUUUACUAAAGAAACAGAAAAGAAGAGUAUUAUGUGCAAAUGGAGAUAAAACCAUCAACAGAGAGAAAGAUUAUGAUGCACAUGAGUGCAUAGGACAGACUGAACAGUUGGUUUAUUAAGCUAAUUGCAUGUUACUAGCCAAACUCAAACUUAAGACUAGGGGAUCCGUAAAGCAAUUCAGUCCUGAUGAAAGCCCAGAGGUUCGGGUGUCUUAGAACUACUUUUGGAAUGAUUGAUAAAGUGGCCCAAAAAUGAGACAAUGAUGCUAUUUUUUCCAGUUGGAAUAAAUGCUAUAUUGCAGAAACAACAAUAGUGUUUGUACAAAAUUGCAGUUCAGCACAGGAGGUUCACAUCCAACGUGCAGUACAAAAUACAAUACCAUCAGUCCCUACUAUAGCUAAAUUGUAAGCUUGUUUGAGCAGGGUCCUCAGCAACCUGUUCUUCCGGUAACAUUUUGUAAUUGUAUAAUUUAUUGCGUUGCAUAUUAUGCUGGCGUUAUAUAAAUGUAAGUAUUAAUAUAUAAUUGUGACAAAACCCCUAUUUUUCUUCCUUGUGCUGUGCUCAUCCCCAGUCCCGGAACCUCUUAUACACUUUGUAUUUUACUUGCCUCCCAUUCGGUAUUAAACCUACCGAACUAGACCGACCAUUAGCCCUGAUUUCAUGAAACUGUUUUGGGCAUAGGACCAUAGGACCAUGUGCACGGUCAGCUUUCAUCAAAUGGGGUUUUCAUGUGUUUUGGGCAUAUUUUGGGGGGUUUGUUAUAUGGUAUUUUUUGUACCUGAGAGAUAAUUUAAUUAUAUGUUUGUGUGCUCAGGUAAUUAUCUCUCAGGCACAGGGGAGGAGUGUGUGGGAUGUUUGCUUGCAACUAGUCUCCUCUCAGGUCCAGCAGGGAAUGCCCCUGGAAUUUGUUUAAGGAAACCCCUUGCAUGGGGAGUUAUAUAAAAGACUGUGUGUGGCUCUCAUUAAACACAUUUGUUUUACCCCUUCAUGAAGUCUAGGCUCAUGUUUGGUGGUUGGAGAGCUCUAAUCACUAAUCUGCUGGAAACAGGAGAGCUAUAAUCACUGCAGCAUUUGGGAUUCGGGAGACUACUAACGGAUAUACUCAGCCGGAGUAUAGGGUUCGGUUACAAUAAUAAUUAUAGCAAUCUGUAUCUUUAAUGUCACUAUUGACUGAGUUGCUCAAAGCCAUGUUGUUUGUUACUACACAAAGUCCACAUUGAUUUAAAUGGAACUCUAUAGAGAUCGUAAAGUUAACUCAGGGAUGAUUAAAGAACUCCAGAUUGUUAGGUGACAAUAAAUGUAAUGUUUUAAUCUUGAUAAGAAUUAUUCUUGUUUUAUCUCCAGGUCUUGGUGGAACCAAGUAUAUCUCAUUUGAGGAACGUCAGUGGCACAGCGACUGUUUUAAUUGUAAGAAGUGUGCGAUUUCCUUGGUGGGCCGUGGCUUUCUUACAGAGAGAGAUGACAUUCUGUGUCCUGAAUGUGGAAAAGAUGUAUAAAUCUGCUAUAAGCUAUAAGAAUACAGACAAAACAAGCAGUAUAUAGAAAUAUAUAGAUAUCAUUAUUAUUAAAUCAUUUUUAUUUUUGCUUUAAUCCAGUACAAUAUGCUAAAGUUGUUAGAUAUUGAAGGUAACAUUUUAUUCUCAAGUUCAGCUUCAUUAUGAUUAAGAACCACUGCCAAUCCAUGCCAUCAUGACAAUAGGCCAUCGAAGACCAUAUGCUGUAAUCCAAUGCAUUGUUUCUUUACCAACAACUGCUAUAUCCAGCCUAUCGGAUAUAAGAAGAGUCUUUAAAAACAUAAUUGUUACAACAGCAUAGAAUGUCAUCAAUUCUUAAAGUUUUUUUUUUUGUUUAGUUUUUUGCUUUGUAAAAAGUGGAGGUAUACUACCAAUUUUCCUCCUGGGCUGGUUUGAUUUCAAGAAUAUCAACCACUUUUUACAUACAAUUUUGAAUUUGGCCAUUUAGUGGCAUCUGUCAUAAUUUACGUUUCUAACUUAAAGGGAUACUAUAGGCACCCAGACCUCUUCAUCUCAUUGAAGUUAUCUGGGUGCAGUAUCCUUGCCCCCCUUAGUCCUGCAAUGUAACACAUUGCAGUUUUAGAGAAACUGCAAUGUUUGCAUUGCAGUACUAAGACUGCCUCUAGAGGUACUUCCUGGAGUUUCAAGUUAUUAAGGGAAAGGCCUGAUCCGUGUGCAACAUUUGCCAUGCAUGUGCAUCAGGUCACUUAUCGGAUGAUAUUGGAGGAGGCAGAGUGCAGCUCAUUUCCUAAGGGACCUUGGCUCUGGUAUCGGGUGAGCGAAUAAAGGGUUAUUUAACCCUUUACAACAUUGAGGUGGGGUGCAGGGCUGAAGAACACAGUGUUAGGAAUACAUCUCUGUAUUCCUAACACAAAAGUGUUUCUUUUAAAAUGGAACUUUCUGUGCUCCCCAUAUGAGCUUGAAGGGCCGACAUGUAUAGAUAGCUAGAUGAUCAUUGUGAAUUGUUCGUUGGGUUUAUACUGUUUUGCAAAUUUGUUUUUGCUGAAAUCAUUACAUAAAAUGUCAUGUUUUUGUACACCAACUGCCAAUGGUUAGUUUUAAACAAUAUUUAAUUUGACUAUUUCAAAAAUAGUAUUACAUACUUGAUCACUGUGAAAAACCUUUCUAAAUUGAACUACACACUCUGGAAAUAAUAAGUUAAGCUUCCUUUCCAGUGAUACUGAGUAAUAUAUGAAAAUAAUACUCCAAGAUUUCUGUAUUAUUACUUACCCUACAGAUUCAUUAACCUUACACAGUAAUGUGUUUAUGCUUGUUGGUUACAUAGGACCCCGAACACCUUUAUGGAAAUUAAACCUUUGAAUAAAACAUUGAAAAUCACCCAUAACCUCAUGUGAUGCUCUGUAUUCAUAUAAUUGUAUUAAAGGACCACUCUAGGCACCCAGACCACUUCAGCUUAAUGAAGUGGUCUGGGUGCCAGGUCCUUCUAGGGUUAACCCAUUUUUUAAUAAAC